AUGGACGAUACGCGCUGUUGUGGUGUAUAUUUAUUCUAUAGGUGUGGUACAGUGUAUAUGAUGUAACCCCUAGAAACCACAGUGAAGUGUCUACAUCCAUGUGGAGAAGAAAGAACGCCUCUCCUCACCUUUCCCUUCGUUCUGUCUAUCUCUCUACUAUCGUCACUAAAUAUGUUGUUUUUUCAUCAUCGCUGUGUCUCUCUCUGUCCUAUUCCAUAUCACAUUAUCUCUCCCUCUAUCUGUCUCUUCAUUUAACUAUAUGUCUAUAUUCAUCUCUUUAGUUUAGCCCUUCUUCUUCCCGUGUCCCAUUAUACCAGUUGUUUACCAGUGUUAUGAGGGAAGCGAGAGAGAGAGAGAAGAGAGAUAUGGAGAAGCAGACAGUAGAUAGAUGGAGAGAGAGAGCGAUGAGAGAUGAGAGGAGAGAGAGUAAGCAGAGAGAGAGAGAGAAAGAGACAGGAGAGCAGAGAGAAGAGGAUAGAGAACGAAGAGGGAGAGAGAGAGAGACGAGAGAGAAGAAGAGAUGAGAGCGAGAGAGAGAGAGAGAGAGAGAGAGAGAGAGAGAGCGAGAGAGAUAGAGAGAGAGGAGAGGAGAGAAGAGAAGAGGAGAGGAGAGAGAGAGCGAGAGAGAAGAGAGGGAGAGAGCAGAGAGAGAGAGAGCUAGAGAGGAGAGAGAGAAGAGAAGGAGAAGAGAGAGGAGAGUCGAGAAGAGAGAGCAAGAGAGAGAAGACGAGAGAGAGAGAGAAGAGAGAAAGAGAGGAGAGAACGAGAGAGUAGAGAGACGAGAUAGCUACUAUCCGAGAGAGCGCACGAGACGUAGGCGAGACGGCGGACUAGAUUAAUAUCGAUCUAUUGAUCUCUCUCUCUCUCUCUCUCUCUUCUAUCUCUCUCUCUCUCUCUCUCUCUCUCUCUCUCUCUCUCUCUCUCUCUCUCUCUCUCUCUCUCUCUCUCUCUCUCUCUCAUGCUUUGUGUGUGUCCCUGGUCUAGCCCAGCUGCUGUAGGUCAGGUCUCUGUGUCUGCUCUCUGUCUUUAUGUCACUCUGGUUUGUUCCUUCUUACCCGCUAUCUAUCUCGUAGCUGGAUUUAAUGGUAAGUGCUUCCCUGUUGCUGGCACAGCUCAGAUAAUCCACACUGAUUAUCUGACCAAAGCAAUGUGCUCUCCUCCCUCUCUUCCUCUUCUGUUGUUCAUUCUCUCCCUCUAUUCAAAUCUUUAUCUUAUCUCUAUGUCUUAGACCACUUUAGAAAACGUUCAUUUUAAUUUGGUUUGAUUAUUUUUAGGUUUAAAAUACUCACUUCCAUCCUUCUGAGACUAGGAUGCAUGUCACUCUGAUUUUGUUUGCUUUGCUUUGGUUAUACUAUAUGCAUAUUUGCCUUCUCUCGCUCUCAGCAACUUUAUUGAACAUGAAAUCCCCUCUUAGCAAAACAGACCCAUUUCUAAACACCAGGACUUAUAACAUACCAGUAUGGUAUCUCUUUAAAAUAAUUUAUUUUAAAAAGGCAGAAACAGUUAGUUUUAAUGACCAUAAUAGUAAUAAAGGGUUAAGGCAGAGACAGGGCUAAAACCCACAACAUAAACUACAAUUAAUUGUUGAUUGUCAUGUUCCAUGAAUUGCAGUAGAACUGAGGAUAUAAAUUAAUUCAGUGAAAUUGUUGUUUUUGACAACUACUGGAGGCCUUUGUCUCUCAGCAGCUGAUUAUUACCAUCUUAAAAAUGCCAUGUCAUGAAUUAAACAGUGUGGUCUCUGCACAAUUAUUCCAGGAAGCAAUCAGUGAAAUGUUACUAAAUAACUACUUGCUAGUUCACACCUGCAUCUGUGCACUGUAUAAUGUAACACUACCAAUGCCUUCUCUUGGUAGAAAAACAAGGUAAAAAAAACACUUAUUAUAUGUUUUUGAGGUUAAAAUAAGAUUAUAUUAAGAUAAUAUUAUAGGUAGGGUAAAUCAUUUGUAUUUUUAUUCCAGACCAAUGCAAUUUGGCUACACACUUCAUACACAUUAUUUAGUUUGAUGUGCUUCUUCCAAAUUGCGCAAAAGUCCAAAUCCAAUGUAUGUACACAUGUAAGUCUACUAAAUGUCUGCUAAAUGGCAUUUAUAUACAGUGCCUUCAGAAAGUAUUCACACCCCUUUUUCCAAAUGUUGUUAUGUUACAGCCUACAUUUUAAAUGGAUUAAAUUGAGAUUUUUUUCCCCACUGGCGUUCACACAAUACCCCAUAAUUUUGAAGUGUAAUUAUGUUUUAGGACAUUUUUACAAAUGAAUUCAAAUGAAAAGCUGAAAUGUCUUUAGUCAGUAAGUGUUCAACCCCUUUGUUAUGGCAAGCCUAAAUACAGUGCCUUGCAAAAGUAUUCAUCCCCCUUGGCAUUUUUCCUAUUUUGUUGCAUUACAACCUGUAAUUUAAAUGGAUUUUUAUUUGGAUUUCAUGUAAUGGACAUACACAAAAUAGUCCAAAUUGGUGAAGUGAAAUGAAAAAAAUUACUUGUUUCAAAGAAUUCUAAAAAAGAAUGCAUAUGUAUUCACCCCCUUUGCUAUGAAGCCCCUAAAUAAGAUCUGGUGCAACCAAUUACCUUCAGAAGGCACAUAAUUAGUUAAAUAAUAAUAAUAAUAAUAUGCCAUUUAGCAGACGCUUUUAUCCAAAGCGACUUAGUCAUGCGUGCAUAAAUUUUUUUUUUUGUGUAUGGGUGGUCCCGGGGAUCGAACCCACUACCUUGGCGUUACAAGCGCCGUGCUCUACCAGCUGAGCUACAGAGAACCACUUAAAUAAAGUCCACCUGUGUGUAAUCUAAGUGUCACAUGAUAUGUCACAUGAUCUCAGUAUACACCUGUUCUGAAAGGCCCCAGAGUCUGCAACACCACUAAGCAAGGGGCACCACCAAGCAAGCAGCACCAUGACGACCAAGGAGCUCUACAAACAGGUCAGAGACAAAGUUGUGGAGAAGAACAGAUCAGGGUUGGGUUAUAAAAAAAUAUCUGAAACUUUGAACAUCCCACGGAGCACCAUUAAAUCCAUUAUUAAAAUGUUUUAUGAAAAUGGCAUCACAACAAACCUGCCAAGAGAGGGCCGCCCACCAAAACUCACGGACCAGGCAAGGAGGGCAUUAAUCAGAGAGGCAACAAAAAUACCAAAGAUAACCCUGAAGGAGCUGCAAAGCUCCACAGCAGAGAUUGGAGUAUCUGUCCAUAGGACCACUUUAAGCCGUACACUCCACAGAGCUGGGCUUUACGGAAGAGUGGCCAGAAAAAAGCCAUUGCUUAAAGAAAAAAAUAAGCAAACACGUUUGGCGUUCGCCAAAAGGCAUGUGGGAGACUCCCCAAACAUAUGGAAGAAGGUACUCUGGUCAGAUGAGACAAAAAUGUAGCUUUUUGGCCAUCAAGGAAAACGCAAUGUCUGGCGCAAACCCAACACCUCUCAUCACCCCGAGAACACCAUCCCCACAGUGAAGCAUGGUGGUAGCAGCAUCAUGCUGUGGGGAUGUUUUACAUCGGCAGGGACUGGGAAACUGGUCAGAAUUGAAGGAAUGAUGGAUGGCGCUAAAUACAGGGAAAUCCUUGUGGGAAACCUGUUUCAGUCUUCCAGAGAUUUGACACUGGGACGGAGGUUCACCUUCCAGCAGGACAAUGACCCUAAGCAUACUGCUAAAGCAACACUCGAUUGGUUUUAGGGGAAACAUUUAAAUGUCUUGGAAUGGCCUAGUCAAAGCCCAGACCUCAAUCCAAUUGAGAAUCUGUGGUAUGACUUAAAAAAUGCUGUACACCAGCGGAACCCAUCCAACUUGAAGGAGCUAGAGCAGUUUUGCCUUGAAGAAUGGGCAAAAAUCCCAGUGGCUAGAUGUGCCAAGCUAAUAGAGACAUACCCCAAGAGACUUGCAGCUGUAAUUGCUGCAAAAGAUGGCUCAACAAAGGAUUGACUUUGGGGGGGUGAAUAGUUAUGCACGCUCAAGUUUUCUGUUUUUUUGUCUUGUUUGUUUCACCCCAAAAAAUAUUUUGCAUCUUUAAAGCGGUAGGCAUGUUGUGUAAAUCAAAUGAUACAAACCCCGCAAAAAUCCAUUUUAAUUCCAGGUUGAAAGGCAACAAAAUAGGACAAAUGCCAAGGGGGGUGAAUAAUUUCGCAAGCCACUAAGUUCAGGAGUAAAAUUUGCUUAACAAGUCACAUAAUAAGGUGCAUGGACUCACUCAGUGUGCAAUAAUAGUGUAUAAACAUUUUUUUUAUGACUACCUCUCUCUGUACCACACACAUACAAUUAUGGUCCCUCAGUCGAGCAGUGAAUUUCAAACACAGAUUCAACAACAAAGACCAGGGAGGUUUUCCAAUGCCUCACAAAGAAGGGCACCUAUUGGUAGAUUGGGGGAAAAUAGCAGACAUUGAAUAUCUCUUAUCUCUUAAGUUAUUAAUUACACUUAUCAGUACACCCAGUCACUACAAAGAUACAGGCAUCCUUCCUAACUCAGUUUCCGGAGAGGAAGGAAACCGCUCAGAGAUUUUACCAUGAGGCCAAUGGUAACUUUAAAACAGUUACAGAGUUUAAUAGCUGUGAUAGGAAAUAACUGACGAUGGGUCAACAACAUUGUAUUUACUCCACAACAUGUACCUAAUUAACAGUGGAAAUAACAAAUUCUAAAACGUGCAUCCUGUUUGCAACAAGGUACUAAAGUAAUACUUUUAAAAAACGUGACAAAGCAAUACAUUUUUUGUCCUGAAUACAAAGUGUUAUGUUUGGGGCAAAUCCAAUAAAACACAUUACUGAGUACCACUCUCCAUAUUUUCAAGCAUAGUGGUGGCUGCAUCAUGUUAUGGGUAUGCUUGUAAUCGUUAAGGACUGGGGAGUUUUUCAGGAUAAAAAAUAAAUGGAAUGGAGCUAAGCACAGGCAAAAUCCUAGAUGAAAGUUGCUUACCAAGAAGAUAGUGAAUGUUCCUGAGUUGCCGAGUUACAGUUUUGACUUAACUCUACUUAAGAAUCUAUGGCAAGACCUGAAAAUGGUUGUCUAACAAUGAUCAACAACCAAUUUGACAGAGCUUGAAGAAUUUUGAAAAUAAUAAUGGGCAAAUGUUGCACAAUCCAGGUAUGGAAAGCUCUUAGAGACUUACCCAGAAAGACUCACAGCUGUAAUCGCUUCCAAGGGUGCUUCUACAAAGUAUUGACUCAGGGGUGUGAAUACUUAUGUAAAUGAGAUAUUUCUGUAUUUCAUUUUCCCAAAAAAAUCAUACAUUUCUACAAAUAUGUUUUCACUUUUUCAUUAUGGGGUAUUGUGUGUAGAUUGGUGAGAUACAAUUUUUAAAUCUAUUUUGAAUUCAGGCUGUAAUUCAACAAAAUGUGUAAUACGUCAAGGGGAUGAAUACUUUCUGAAGGCACUGUAUAUAUUUAUUUUAUAUUAAAUCAAUUGUUAUUUCCAGUGGAAUAUCCAUGUUUUACUGAAGAGGGCUGCUAAAUGAGAGCUGGCAAAUAUGUACCUGGAGUAUUCUGAAUGCUGACAUGUAGCAAGUGAUGAUGUCAUGUCAUUCCCUUUACCAUAUGCUACUGCAGUCUUCUCCACUCCUUAGAGACGGACCUAGAAUUAACACUUUCCCUGACACUACUACCACUUUUACAAUGUACAUAUCCGUUGACCUUUUCUUUCUUUGGAUGCCUGACAAGGACAUUUACCAGGGUGAUGUUCUCACAAUUAUUGCUGAAAACUGAGUCUGUUUUCUGUUCCCUCUUGUUGAAAGACUGAGACAGAUCCUGGUAUUGUUGGGUAUAUAGAGAUUUGCCUCAGGAAUUCACAUCUCCCCUCCUUUAACACACUAAUAUUGGUAUGCUCUAAGUGCUAUAUGAAUCAUACAGUGCAUGGGCAUAUAAAGUAUUGUCAACUUGCAAAUGUACAAAUGUGUAAAAACAUGAACUUGUAUACAAAAACUAGAUGAGCAUAAUAAGACAAUCGCUCAUUCCACAAUCGCUGUUCAAUGAAUUCAAAUGUUUAGGAUGGAGAGACUGAUUGAGAAAGGGAGAACCACAGUGUCAGCCCGUCUUUAGCUCCAUGUUACCCCUAAACCAGACCCAGCUAUCAUCAUGUACCCCUCAGUCAGAGAGGGCUGGGCUGUGGAUGUUCUGGGGAGGGAGGGAGCGGGGAGGUGGUGCUGGUGGUCAAUUCUUUUUUUUUAAACAGUCAUGCGCUAAAUAGCCCAAAUGUUCUGUGCAGGGAUCUAUAAAUGAGUAGCAUCCAUCAAUCAUUGUGAUGUCAGUCCUUCCCCUGCCUAGACAGAUGGGGGUGACUAGUGUCAUUGUCUGUUACUGUCCAGAGCCCCCAUGUCCACUCCACUGCUAAUAUGUCAAAUAGACGUGACAGGCCACCAGUCACAGAGGAGAGGGACACAAAGUCACCUUUUUGGACUUGGGAGUUCGGAAUCAUAAGCAUCAUAGCAGCACAGUCUUUGUUCCCUGGGUGGUUGACAGCUGGCCUGGCGCCACAUUGGGUUUCACUCAACAAUGAAGUCGAGGUCAAUGGGACAAAAGUGAUAUUUUAUUAUUAUAUUCUCUCAGCUUUGAUGGUAGUUUGGGGCGGCUGGUAGCUUAGUGGUUAAGAGCGUUGUGCCAGUAACCGAAAAGUUGCUGGUUCUAAUCCCCUAAGUGAAAAAUCUGUCUCUGCCCUUGAGCAAGGCACUUAACCCUAAUUGCUCCUGUAAGUCGCUCUGGAUAAGAGUGUCUGCUUAAAAAAUAGUUUGGUAUUUAAAAAAUUAUAUUCUAUAGUCAAAGUAAUUUAUUGUUCAUGAUUUAUAUUUUUAUGUCACGUUCAGCUUUGGUGUGAUUUUGAAUUUCUGAAAAACAUCCAAAACAUUUGACACUUUUCUAUAUCAGUAUGUCUGGACACAUUUUACUAUGACAUUGUGUGUGUAUAUCCACAUUGCAGCGAAAACUCAUUUGUUUCACUAUAUCGCAUCUGUUGUUAAUGCUCCAUAAGUGGUGUUGUCCCUUUAUUGACAUGUAAAGCCUUGUCUCGGGAGGGGCAGCUGCAUAGGCUAUUUAUCCAGACCGCUGCUUAGAAUAGCUGUGACCUGCGGAUCUGAGGCAUCCAGAGCAGUCCCUAAGCCCUUGCUAAAGGAGUCCAUUAAAAUACAACUAGAGGGAGAUGGAUGGCGCAUGGAUUAACGGUCAGCCUUCCCAUUCCAGACAGACCCUGAUGUAAUGCCUAAGCCCACUCAAUGGGAAGGAAAGUGAAAAUGUGUUGUCAAAUUUAUUUAGCCCCCUCUCUGGACAAGGGGGGGUUAAUUAGGGAGACCCUAGGGGGGUGCCGACGGGCUGAGCAGUGGAGGGGAGGGAUUGGAAGUAAAGGGGAAAGGAGAUGGGUCUUGCUAGCGCACCUCAGAGGUUGCAUUCGAUCAUGUGAGGAUGCAAUCAGAAAGGCUGCUAUCAGAGAGUUUAGACUAUAUAUACUGAACAAAAAUAAAGUAAAUAGUUACCAUAUAUUUUUAUACAAUUGCCCACAAAUAUAUACUGAACAAAAAUAUUAGUUACAUUUCAUAUAAAGAAAUCAGUCAAUUGAAAUUCAUUAGGCACUAAUCUAUGGAUUUCACAUGACUGGGAAUACAAAUGCAUCUGUUGGUCACAGAUACCUUAAAAGAAAGGUGGGGGUGUGGAUCAGAAAACCAGUCAGUAUCUGGUAUGUGACCACUAUUUGCCUCAUACAGCACGGCACAUCUCCUUCGCAUAGAGUUGAUCAGGCUGGUGAUUGUGGCCUGUGGAAUGUUGUCCCACUCCUCUUCAAUGGCUGUGCGAAGUUGCUGGAUAUUGGCGGGAACUGGAACACGCUGUUGUGCACGGCGAUCCAGAGCAUCCCAAACAUCCUCAAUGGUGACAUGUGAGUAGGCAGGCCAUGGAAGAACUGCGACAUGGGCCCGUGCAUUAUCAUGCUGAAACAUGAGGUGGUGGCAGCGGAUGAAUGGCACGACAAUGUGCCUCAGGAUCUCGUCACGGUAUCUCUGUGCAUUAAAAUUGCCAUUGAUAAAAUGCAAUUGUGUUCGUUGUCCGUAGCUUACGCCUUCCCAUACCAUAACCCCUCCGCCAUCAUGGGGCACUCUGUUCACAACAUUGACAUCAGCAAACCACUCGCCCACACAACGCCAUACACGUGGUCUGCGGUUGUGAGGCCGGUUGGACGUAGUGCCAAAUUCUCUAAAAUGACAUUGGAGGUGGUUUAUGGUAGAGAAAUGAAAAUUAAAUUCUCUGGCAACAGCUCUGGUGGACAUUCCUGCAGUCAGCAUGCCAAUUGCUCGCUCCCUCAAAACUUGAGACAUCUGUGGCAUUGUGUUGUGUGACAAAGCUGCACAUUUUAAAGUGGCCUUUUAUUGUCCCCAGCACAAGGUGCACCUGUGUAAUAAUCAUGCUGUUUAAUCAGCUUCUUGAUAUGCCACACCUGUCAGGCGGAUGAAUUAUCUUGGCAAAGGAGAAAUUCACACUUACAGGGAUGUAAACAAAUUUGUGCACACAAUUUAGAGAGAAAUAAGCUUUUUGUGCUUAUGGAACAUUUCAGGGAACUUUUAAUUUCAGCUCAUGAAACAUGGGCGCAACACUUUGCAUGUUACCUUUAUAUUUUUGUUCAGUGUAUAUGCUCAGGUCGAAGGAUCACAUGUGGGGGGGUCCUGAGAUUUGCAGUGUAUCAUACACUGUUGUGUAGGGAGAAAGAACCCACAGAAAGUAACUUUGAAACUUAUCAAGAGAGAACUGGACCAAUGUUGUAAUAAGGAGACAGACAGACAGACAGAACAGAAUCAGUCAUGCAUGACCACAGGAAUGACCCUUCUGCAUUAGUUAUGCUGCAACUCACAUCCAAUCCUCCUGACCCUCACUCUGGCCCAGAGCUCUUUCCACCUGCAAGUUGACAAUGAACCCCACACUGAUCCUCUCCAUUGACCAGAGCACCCACCCCCAGAUGAAACAUACUGUAUGAGAGCCCUAUUCAAUGUAAACCGUUAACCUGGUGUGCAGGCUCAGAAUAAAUUUAACAUUAUUCUUGCCCGGUGAGAGAGUGUCGGUAUAGUUUCACCCUUACGCCAUUGAUUACUCAUUAAAUGAGCCCCAACCCACAAUCUUCCGGUGCAAGAAAAAUGUAUACUGUAUAUGUGUCUCAUCGCUAAACCUUCUUAGCAGUUUUGAUAGAAUAGGGCCCUCACACUGUGCGAGUGACGCUCUCUUACCCUCUCACUCCGUCUAACUCCUGUGGAUCCUGUCUCUCCCUUCAUGUGUGCUGGCUGUCUCUCUCUCUCCGGGGUGGACGGACAUAGACGCGGACCGGGCGCAAAAACAUGGCAUGGAUGAGUUCAUCUCAGCCAACCCCUGCAGCUUUGACCACUCCUCCCUAUUUGAGAUGGUGCAGCGCCUCACCCUGGACCACAGACUCAAUGACUCCUACUCCUGUUUGGUGAGGAAAGGGUUACCAGUCCAGUGGUUCCCUCAUUCUUUUACAUUGUGAUCUUACAUACGUAAAAAUUUAUGCACACAUGACUGUAAGUCGCUUUGGAUAAAAGCGUCUGCUAAAUGGCAUAUUAUAUUAUUAUUAUUCUAUCAAUUUCGAUCUAUUUUAACUCCCCUCGUAUGUCUAUUUUGCAGGGUUGGUUCAGUCCAGGCCAGGUGUUUGUCAUGGAUGAGUACUGUGCUCGUAAUGGUGUGCGGGGGUGUCACAGACACCUGUGUUACCUGGGUGACCUGCUGGAGAGGGCAGAGAACGGGGCUAUGAUCGACCCCACCCUGCUGCACUACAGCUUUGCCUUCUGUGCCUCACACGUCCACGGCAACAGGUACAGAGAACUGAUGUACAGCUCUCCUGGACGCCAGCUCCCCCCGCGAGCGCGCGCGCGAGCGCGCGCGCGAGCGAGGCAGAGCGAGCGAGCGAGCGAGCGAGCGAGCGGAGCGAGCACGGGGCCGCGCGCGAGCGACGAGAGCGAGCGAGCGAGCGAUCGAGCAGCGAGCUAGCGAGCGACGAGCGAGAGAAGCUAGGAGAGAGCGAGCGAGGAUGCGAGCGAGACGAGAGAGCGAGCGAGGAGAGGCAGCGAGCGAGCGAGGAGCGAGUCAGAGGAGAGCGCGCUCGAUCGAUACAGAGCGAGAAGAGAGAUCAUAGAAGAGAGAGAUCGCGCGCUCGAGCGAAUGCGAGAGAGCGGCGAGAGAGUCGCGAGAGCUCUCUAUAGUCGCGAGUAGCAUAUAUCUAGUCUCUCUAUACUCAUCUCUCUAUAUCUUCCCUAUCUUCUCUUCUCUCUCUCUUCUCUCUCCUCUCCUCUUCUCUCUCUCUCUCUCUCUCUCUUAACAGGAACAAAAUGUUUAUGCAUUGAAGCAAACCCAAGCCUCCCCACUCAGAGAACCCACUUUACCACCAACCUUCUUCAUCAAAUCAAUCUCAUUCGGAGAAUGUAUAUUCCACCCUACACCCUGUCUCCCAGAUCUGGAUACAAUCUGUACUGGUAUACAUCACCAAGCCACCCCAUCCCAUGCUUGUUGUUUUGUUGCCUCAGUCAAAGCUUUCUCUAAUAUUAUUUUUUCCAAUAACUUGUUUCAGUCACUUAGGAUUUUAAGUUUCUCAUGUUCAGUUGGGAUUUUUGUAUAUUCUUUUAUUUUUCUUCUUUCUUUGUUGUCUGUUCUCAAUUAAUUGUUUCUCAUUGUUGUCUGUUAUGAUUUUGGUUUGCUUUAUUAAUUUUAUCUUCUUUCUUUUUUUCCGUUGCUUGCUCUCUUAACAUCACCCCUGCCUCUUCCUCAUGUAACCUGUAGUCAGAGACUGUCUGAGUUGCUAAACUGGCCUGUAACCGAGGCAGAGCUUCAGAGCUACCUUUACCCCCCCACCCCAGAGCCCCCAACCCCCUCUAAGAGGGAACUCAAAAUCAUGGAGUUUAGGAAAAAAAAGGACUCCAAGUCCCAGGCUGUCUCUUGGCCCAGAAGGUAAGAGUCUGUGGUGCUUCCUCCCUGAUAGAUCCACUGUGACUCUCCCUCCCACCCGACCUCAGUCACAUGACUGUUUGAUUUUAACAAGAGUGAAUACUGGAGUUGAAAUAUUAAAAUACUUAUUGGGUAUUUCAAUGUUUUAUUUUUUUAAAGAAUAAAAUGUGUUUGUGUGUAUACGUGCAUACGUAGGUACGUUUGUACCUACAGUGGGGAGAACAAGUAUUUGAAACACUGCCGAUUUUGCAGGUUUUCCUACUUACAAAGCAUGUAGAGGUCUGUAAUUUCUAUCAUAGGUACACUUCAACUGUGAGAGACAUAAUCUAAAACAAAAAUCCAGAAAAUCACAUUGUAGGAUUUUUAAGUAAUUAAUUUGAAUUUUAUUGCAUGACAUAAGUAUUUGAUCACCUACCAACCAGUAAGAAUUCCGGCUCUCACAGACCUGUUAGUUUUUCUUUAAGAAGCCCUCCUGUUCUCCACUCAUUACCUGUAUUAACUGCACCUGUUUGAACUCGUUACCUGUAUAAAAGACACCUGUCCACACACUCAAUCAAACAGACUCCAACCUUUCCACAUUGGCCAAGACCAGAGAGCUGUGUAAGGACAUCAGGGAUAAAAUUGUAGACCUGCACAAGGCUGGGAUGGGCUACAGGACAAUAGGCAAGCAGCUUGGUGAGAAGGCAACAACUGUUGCCGCAAUUAUUAGAAAAUGGAAGAAGUUCAAGAUGACGGUCAAUCAACCUCGGUCUGGGGCUCCAUGCAAGAUCUCACCUCGUGGGGCAUCAAUGAUCAUGAUGAAGGUGAGGGAUCAGCCCAGAACUACACGGCAGGACCUGGUCAAUGACCUGAAGAGAGCUGGGACCAUAGUCUCAAAGAAAACCAUUAGUAACACACUACGCCGUCAUGGAUUAAAAUCCUGCAGCGCACGCAAGGUCCCCCUGCUCAAGCCAGCGCAUGUCCAGGCCCGUCUGAAGUUUGCCAAUGACCAUCUGGAUGAUCCAGAGGAGGAAUGGGAGAAGGUCAUGUGGUCUGAUGAGACAAAAAUAGAGCUUUUUGGUCUAAACUCCACUCGCCGUGUUUGGAGGAAGAAGAAGGAGGAUGAGUACAACCCCAAGAACACCAUCCCAACCGUGAAGCAUGGAGGUGGAAACAUCAUUCUUUGGGGAUACUUUUCUGCAAAGGGGACAGGACGACUGCACCGUAUUGAGGGGAGGAUGGAUGGGGCCAUGUAUCGCGAGAUCUUGGCCAACAACCUCCUUCCCUCAGUAAGAGCAUUGAAGAUGGGUCGUGGCUGGGUCUUCCAGCAUGACAACGACCCGAAACACACAGCCAGGGCAACUAAGGAGUGGCUCCGUAAGAAGCAUCUCAAGGUCCUGGAGUGGCCUAGCCAGUCUCCAGACCUGAACCCAAUAGAAAAUCUUUGGAGGGAGCUGAAACUCCGUAUUGCCCAGCGACAGCCCCGAAACCUGAAGCAUCUGGAGAAGGUCUGUAUGGAGGAGUGGGCCAAAAUCCCUGCUGCAAUGUGUGCACACCUGGUCAAGACCUACAGGAAACAUAUGAUCUCUGUAAUUGCAAACAAAGGUUUCUGUACCAAAUAUUAAGUUCUGCUUUUCUGAUGUAUCAAAUACUUAUGUCAUGCAAUAAAAUUCAAAUUAAUUACUUAAAAAUCAUACAAUGUGAUUUUCUGGAUUUUUUAGUUUCCGUCUCUCACAGUUGAAGUGUACCUAUGAUAAAUAUUACAGACCUCUACAUGCUUUGUAAGUAGGAAAACCUGCAAAAUCGGCAGUGUAUCAAAUACUUGUUCUCCCCACUGUAUGUACGUGGGUGUUUUGUGUACAUGUGCCCACACUUCUGUAUGGAGACCGAAUCUGUCGUAGUCAUGGCUGGAUCUCUAGUCAACAUAAACAAGCAAGUGUCACUACAGUGUGAGGGGCGAAGGUCACGGUGGCUGUCUGCCAGUCUGACAGUCCUCCUAUCCUCCUACCCUAUCUACCCCUCCCCUCCGCAUCUUUUUAGCUUUGCUUUUCCUUAGGGUACUUUUUAGUCGUUCAGUUUUUGUCAUUCUUUAUUUUUUAAAUAUAUUUUUUUGUGUAGUAAAUAUUUCAGCUUUUAUUUUCAUAGUUUUUUGUUAGUUUUGUCCUGUGAAGCACUUGUAUUGUCUGAAAUGUGCUGUAUAAAUGAAGCUUGAUUUAAUUUCCAUCCCUCCCUCUACCCCCAUCCUAUGACAGACAGUGAUGAAGCUGAGGUGGGCUGUCUGUUUGAGUCCUGUUAUGAUCAGGCUGGACGGGAAGACUGGAGUAGCUCCAAGACUGGAGGAUAGGAGUGGGGGGUGGAGAGAGAGAGAGAGAAUGGAAAAUGGGAGGAAAAGAGAGAAGGGGUUAGAGAUAAGUAAAGAGAGAGGGUCAGGAAUAGAGGGAGAAAGAUGGAGAGAGAAAAUAAAGGGAGGGAGGCAGGUGUGCCUGGAGGUCAGGAAUGACAGGAUGACAAGUUGUCAUGGGUGACGGGCGAGUGUCUCCUGCCACUGUCCGAGCUCAGGCCACAGCUACAGCCAGCCCGCCUCCAGUCCCCAUGACGAUGACAGCCCCGCGCAGCCCAUGAGAGAAACCCAUCUCUGGCCAAGACCCCCCUCAUCCCCCUCACUCCCCUCACCCACCCACAACCUAAUAGCCUGAUGGCCACAGGGCAUGAACUGAAUAUUAUAGAGAGUACAGUAGCCUGGGAGUAAAUUGAGAAUAAAUUGUCUGUUUAAGGGUUGGCGUGGAUUUCAUUCCACCUCCAGUAAGUUUAGGUAAUGAUUUGGAAAUGUGGUGUUUGAAUGUUAAAUUCGGGGUUAAAUAUGGCAUUUGUCUAUUAAAAUGUGAUGUACUAGUCAAUUUGUGAAUUGGCUGUAAUUCAGCUCCAGUCACGUACUGUAGCUUCUUGAAAUAGAGGAAGCACAGACCUCUGAUAUGGCAUGCUACCGAUGUUCUGUUAUUAGUUUCUCUGAUCGCUCUCAGUUACAAAUGAUGACUCAUUUCCAUGUAGUCAUGAAAAUAGAGGACAGGGGCAUGAGGUUAUGAGAACUUUAUGAAAGCUGUGGAGGAGCAAAAAAUAUGGCUAUGCAUAAUUAGUGUGAAAUGAUCAAAUAGUUUAUUUAUUUUUGACGGACUGUCAGAGGCAGAAAUUAUACACACAUCACAUACCAUCUUAUUAAGGGCUUUUUAUUGACAUGCUUCAGAUGAACACAAAAACACAAACACUGACAAUCAUAGCCUGAAACAUACACACACACACACACACACACACACGCACAGAGGGAAGAGAGUGUUGGUGAGGGGCCUGGCUCCUUAUAGUUAGUGACAUGGCUGAGGACGGGGGAAAUUGAGCAGAGUGCAUGUGACAGAGGAGGCGCUGGUCGCCGUGACAGCGGCCUGAGGAACAGGAGACGUGACAUGCUCCGCGUCACAGGGCCCAGGAUGUAAUCUCAGUGAAGGACACUGAGAAAGGAGGGGAGAGGGGGAGGAUGGGGAGGAGGGGGGAGGGAUACUCCUGUCAGACAAGAUGGGGGCCACAGCUUGGCACGGGAUUGUGUGAGGGUGGCGUGGGGGGGGGGGGGGGGGGGUUAUAACCCCCCCUCUGUAACCAUGCUCAGAUAUCAGUGGCCCCACUGUUCCAGACAGAUGGCUGGCUCUUACCUGUGGAAUACACCACAGAAACUCUGCCUUUGUACUGUAGGCUCUGCUGUGGAUAUAUAGCUAGCCACUACACAUGUUCUAUGUUGGCUGAAAUUCUCAGUUAGAACUUCAGUGACCGUGUUGACCCUUGUGUUACCUCUGUGAUCACUGUGUCAGUGGUGGCCACACUGUCUACUCUGAAUUAGAAUAUUAUGAUGAUACUAAUAUAAUAUGUCCAAAGGGAUCUUCCAGUUAACACCUACUGUAUAUUCAUUGUACUUUAAGUGGACCAUGUGGGAAUCAAACCCACAACUUUGGUGUUUCCUGCCCCAUGCUCCAACCAUAUAAACUCUAUGGUACUGUAUGUCCCUCAGGCCUGACGGGAUAGGAACAGUCACUGUGGAGGAGAAGGAGCGCUUUGAGGAUAUCAAAGAGAGGCUGCGUGUUCUGCUGGAGAACCAGAUCACACACUUCAGGUGUGUACUUUAAUACUAUAUCUAAGUCUAUAACUGACCCUGGCACAGACACGGCUAUGGGAUUUGUCAAACCACAGAUUAUAGAUUGUGACAGAUGUCAAUCAUGUAUCAAUCACUGUGCUCUGCAAAAUGUUACUUACAUUCUGAUCAAAAAAAUAAAAAAUCAAGAACUAGCUACCCACUGGGCACACACUGGUUGAAUCAAUGUUGUUUCCAUGUCACUUCAAUGAAAUUAUGUUAAACCAACGUAGAAUAGACGUUGAAUUGACGUCUGUGCCCAGGGGGUGGUAAUUUAUAAAUUCUAGAAAUGCUUGAGGAUAAAGAAUGGUCUUAUGAGGAAGGAAUACCUUCAAAAUAAACCCUACAUAAAUGAAACUGGAUUUCUUUCCCAGGUACUGUUUUCCAUUUGGUCGACCGGAGGGGGCCCUGAAAGCCACUUUGUCCCUGCUUGAGAGGGUAUGUUAUUAUGCAUCCUCUUCUAACCUUACCUUAUGUUCUAUUAACCAUGGACACACGCCUUCCUUUAGGCUAUGGGACAACUAAAUAUACAAAAUAUUUUAAAUGUUCCAUCCAUAUUUGAAUUGAGCAGGUCUUAUAAAUAGUUGUCUAUUUGGUUUGUAUAUGUUGUAUAUAAUAUACCUGAGUAAAACAGAUGUUUGUCUCCUCUUCUCUACACGCACACUCCCAUGCUUUUCUUUUUUGUGGUAACGCCCCAGAAAAGUAUAGUAUUUUUUCUCCAAUGUCUCCUGUUCUGUUCCAGGUGCUGAUGAAGGAUAUUGUGACCCCUGUGCCCCAGGAGGAGGUGAAGACAGUCAUCCGUAAAUGUCUGGAGCAGGCAGCCUUGAUCAACUACCAGCGCCUCUCAGAAUAUGCCAAAGUAGAAGGUAGAAUAAACACUGACAGACGCGUAUGCAUGCGCACAAACGCACACAUGCACACACACACACACACUUAAAUUACACAAUGCAGCAUCACACAGUGAUGCCAGUGUACUAGCUAUACCCAUAUAGUAUUCUUUCACACACAGUACUCUACUGUACUGUACUUCAAUGUUCUGUCGUCAUUUAUGUCUCCCCUCUAGCAUUGUUACCACAAUAGGAUUGUUAUCUACAGGGAUUAUCACACGUUGUUGUUGCACAGUGACAUACAUUCUACAGACAUCAUGCCCUCUGGUGCUUUACCACAUUGCCCCCUGCAGGUCAAUGGGUGCUAACAAACUACAAUUGUGGGGUUAGCUGAUGAAACUAACACUGUAAAAGUGUGAAAAAAUGUGAUCAGUGUUAUUUCCUGAUAGUUGCUCGUUGAAAAUACAAUCUACACAGGACCUUCUAAUCAGCAGGUUUUGCAUGGGAGGAGUUUCGGCCAGGCAGUAAAUUAAUGAAAAUACUGUACCAAUAACAAAGAGAGUUCCAAACCUCUCUGCCAAUAACAGCUAGUUUUCAGUUUUCCCCUCCCCACUCAGACCACUCCCAGACAGUCCUAGCAAAAUUCUUGCUUGAGAAACAUGUUUAUUUUUAACAAUUUUAAUGGAAAACUAUUUCAGAAUGGUACUUAAUUGUUACCCAGAAAGGAUUUGAUAUGGAGAUAACAACAGCUGCACUGGGCAUUUUAAGAAGAAAACAAAGUCAAACACAAUCAAUGAAUGGAAAUAAGUUAACUCAAAGCAAAGAUUUCGUUUUCAUAUGUAUUAAUAUAACUGUUCUGUCCCCAGCUGCAGUGAAAAUACCUCGGCUUCCCGUCCUGUGGCUGCUGUUACUUUUAAAUGUGCUUAUAAAGUUGAAACCCUCUUUUCAUUUACAGGUGUCCUUUAUAUUGAUGUAGCUCCCUAAAUAAAUGUGCAUGUUAGAGAUGUGUACAGUAAGUAAAAAUGCAUUCAACUCCCCGUGAAUCUGCCAUCUUUAUUCUGACUCCUGUGUGCCUCAGCUUCUCUCUGGCACAGUCAACCCACUGUCCUUCUCCUUCCUCACACCGUCGUGGCUUCAAGGUGGGGUGAUGCUCUGAAGCAACAAUUCCUCCUUCCCUUGUUUUCUCUCCUACCCCUUUCCUAUCCUCUCCUUUGUUUUGAAAUAACGUUCAUCUUCUGUUCACCGUCACCUCCCCUCUCUGCUUUCCUCCUCCUUGUUUAUUGGCUUUGCUGCUUCACUCCAAGCUCCUUGUAGUAUGAACACAAGUCAGGAAGGCAAGUGCACAAGGCAUGCUGGGAUUGCCCUCUGCAGCAACCCAGUAUCUGUAUGUUGCAUGUCCCAAGUUUUCUUUACUAGGCAUCCAGAACUGGCAACAUGUUCCAUGGACAAGUUUACAAAAAAAAUCUGUGUUGGAAUUCAUGUAUAGGUAUGUGUAGCUUGGACUACACUUCACUAUACUGUUUUUACAUAAAUCGAAACCUCUAUUCUCAAAUUAAGCUCUUCUCUAUUCCAGUCAGUGACUAUUAGGGCUGUGGUGGUCAUGACAUUUUGUCAGCCGGUGACUGUCAAGCAAAUAACUGCCGGUCUCAUGGUAAUUGACCGUUAAUUAACAUAAACACAUUUAGCAUCUCCUGGCUUCCCCGCAUAGCCUACAAGCCAACUGAUGCAGACCUUUGGAAUAUCUACAUUUAAAAAAGUUGAAUAAAUCAAUUUAAUAUAGCCUACACCAUCACAAUAAAUCCAUUAUUUAUUUUAGACAGGUCUAAAGAACCAUGAUAUGAAGAAAAUGUAGUCUAUUUCAGAAGAACAAAAUAGCAUACUCUGAGUUGUCCUUAUAAUAAUAUAAUAAUAUGCCAUUUAGCAGACGCUUUUAUCCAAAGCGACUUACAGUCAUGCGUGCAUAAAUGUUUUGUGUAUGGGUGGUCCCGGGGAUCGAACCCACUACCUUGGCAUUACAAGCGCCGUGCUCUACCAGCUGAGCUACAGAGGACCACUUAUGUUAGGUCCUGAUCUGUUCUGUGGCUACACUAGUUCAUUCAGCAGACAAGAUUUACUUAGAAUUCCGUUGCAUUAUUUUAUAUUAUUUUAUAGUAUGAAGAAUACAAUUGAACAUAGCUGAAUAAAAUAGAAAGGAUAUUUUCUCCAAAUGAUUUCUGAGGGAGUGCGCAGAUGCGGCUAUUCUGUGUUAAGCGGUUAACAAAGAAAUAGGUCCUCCUCUAUUUAGAGUUAUUUAUGCAACUUUAGUUGUGAUACAAACGUUUAGCUAUAUGUUUUGAUUUUUAAAACAUUCUAAGGCUGCUUGAUGCGACUCUAAUGUUGAUUUGAAAAAAGUUGCAUGAAAGGAAUGAGCUCUGCUUUGUUUAUUGAGCAGGCUGCACACACUUCAUCAGUCUCUCAUUCACAAUUUAACAAACACUUGAUAAUAUUCUCACCAGGCCUCGAAUUUCCCGGCUGCAUCCCCCUUGUGUGGUCAUAAUGCAACCUAACAAAAUCCAUGCCUUUUGCAGCCAAAGUGGCUGUUGUGCCCUUGGGCUGACUAUAAUAAUUAUAUUUCCCUUUUCCCAUCUGCCAAUCGCUGUGCUCCGAUGCACCUCUCACUCACAUGUCUCUCUCAGAUACAGUGCCUUAAAAAAGUAUUCAUUCCCCUCUGCGUUUUUCCUAUUUUGUUGCAUUACAACCUGUAAUUUAAAUUGAUUUUUAUUUGGAUUUCAUGUAAUGGACAUACACAAAAUGGUCCAAAUUGGUGAAGUGAAAAAAAUAAAAAAUAAAAAAAACGUGUUUAAGAAAAUUCUAAAAGAUAAAUUACGGAAAAGUGGUGCGUGCAUAUGUAUUCACCCCCUUUGCUAUGAAGCCCCUAAAUAAGAUCUGGUGCAACCAAUUACCUUCAGAAGUCACGUAAUUAGUUAAAUAAAGUCCACCUGUGUGUCACAUGAUCUGUCAUAUGAUCUCAGUAUAUAUACACCUGUUCUGAAAUGCCCCAGAGUCUGCAACACCACUAAUCUAGGGGCACCACCAAGCUAGCGGCACCAUGAAGACCAAGGAGCUCUCCAAACAGGUCAGGGACAAAGUUGUGGAGAAGUACAGAUCAGGGUUGGGUUAUAAAAAAAUAUCAGAAACUUUGAACAUCCCACAGAGCACCAUUAAAUCCAUUAUUAAAAAAUGGAAAGAAUAUGGCACCACAACAAACCUGCCAAGAGAGGGCCGCCCACCAAAACUCACGGACCAGGCAAGGAGGGCAUUAAUCAGAGAGGCAACAAAGAGACCAAAGAUAACCCUGAAGGAGCUGCAAAGCUCCACAGCAGAGAUUGGCGUAUCUGUCCAUAGGACCACUUUAAGCCGUACACUCCACAGAGCUGGGCUUUACGGAAGAGUGGCCAGAAAAAAGCAAUUUCUUAAAGAAAAAAAAUAAGCAAACACGUUUGGUGUUCGCCAAAAGGCAUGUGGGAGACUCCCCAAACAUAUGGAAGAUGGUACUCUGGUCAGAUGAGACAAAAAUUGAGCUUUUUGGCCAUCAAGGAAAACGCUAUGUCUGGCGCAAACCCAACACCUCUCAGCAUCCCGAGAACACCAUCCCCACAGUGAAGCAUGCUGCCACCACCGUGCAGCAGAGACUGGGAAACUGGUCAGAAUUGAAGGAAUGAUGGCGCAAAUAUUCCAAAAUGUUAUCAAUUACGGGAAAACACCAUCCUCAAAAGUGACCGCAAAUGCAAUGCAUAUAAUGCUUUAUUAGAAAGGUGUAUUUUUAUGGUGAAAAUUGUUCUUCCACAAACUUGAAACUCACGCGCUGCUUACAUUGCAUUCAGAAAGUAUUCAGACCCCUUGACGUUUUCCACAUUUUGUUACGUUACAGCCUUAUUCUAAAAUUGAUUAAAUCGUUUUUUUUCCCCUCAUCAAUCUACACACAAUGCCCCAUAAUGGCAGAGCAAAAACUGUUUUUUAGAAUAACACAUUUACAUAAGUAUUCAGACCCUUUACUCAGUACUUUGUUGAAGCACCUUUGGCAGUGAUUACUGCCUCGAGUCUUCUUGGAUAUGACGCUACAAGCUUGGCACACCUGUAUUUGGGGAGUUUCUCCCAUUCCUCUCUGCAAAUCCUCUCAAGCUCUGUCAAGUUGGUUGGGGAGUGUUGCUGCACAGCUAUUUACAGGUUUCUCCAGAGAUGUUUGAUUGGGUUCAAGUCCGGGCUCUGGCUGGGCCACUCAAGGACAUUCAGAGACUUGUCCCGAAGCAACUCCUGCAUUGUCUUGGCUGUGUGCUUAGCGUCGUUGUCCUGUUAGAAGGUGAACCUUCGCCCCAGUCUGAGGUCCUGAGUGCUCUGGAGCAGAUUUUCUUCAAGGAUCUCUCUGUACUUUGCUCCGUUCAUCUUUGCCUUGAUCCUGACUAGUCUCCCAGUCUCUGCCGCUGAAAAACAUCCCCACAGCAUGAUGCUGCCACCACCAUGCUUCACCAUAGGGAUUGUGCCAGGUUUCUUCCACACGUGACGCUUGGCAUUCAGGCCAAAGAGUUCAAUCUUGGUUUCAUCAGACCAGUGAAUCUUGUUUCUCAUGGUCUGAGAGUCUUUAGGUGCCUUUUGGCAAAGCGGGCUGUCAUGUGCCUUUUACUGAAGAGUGGCUUCCGUCUGGCCACUCUACCAUAAAGGCCUGAUUGGUGGAGUGCUGCAGAGAUGGUUGUCCUUCUGUAAUGUUCUCCCAUCUCCACAGAGGAACUCUGGAGCUCUGUCAGCGUGACCAUCGGGUUCUUCGUCCCCUCCCCUCCCUGACCAAGGCCCUUCUCCCCUGAUUGCUCAGUUUGGCCGGGCGGCCAGCUCUAGGAAGAGUCUUGGUGGUUCAAAACUUCUUCCAUUUAAGAAUGAUGGAGGCCACUGUGUUCUUAGGGACCUUCAAUGCUGCAGAAAUGUUUUGGUAACCUCGACACAUUCCUGUCUUGGAGCUCUGCGGACAAUUCCUUCGACCUCAUGGCUUGGUUUUUGCUCUGACAUGCACUGUCAACUGUGGGACCUUAUAUAGACAGUUGUGUGCCUUCCAAAUCAUGUCCAGUCAAUUGAAUUUACCACAGGUGGACUCCAAUCAAGUUGUAGAAACAUCUCAAGGAUGAUCAAUGGAAACAGGAUGCACCUGAGCUCAAUUUCGAGUCUCAUAACAAAGGGUCUGAAUACUUAUUUAAAUAAGGUAUUUCAGUUUUUUUUUUUUUUAUACAUUUGCAAACAUUUCUAAAAACCUGUUUUCGCUUUGUCAUUAUGGGGUGUUGUGUGUAGAUUGAUGAGUAACAUGUUUUAUUUAAUCAAUUUUAGAAUAAGGCUGUUACGUAACAAAAUGCGGAAAAAGUCAAGGAAUCUGAAUACUUUGCCAGUUAGGCUCUGUAUAGCAGAUUAAUGUGCUUAAUUUUAAGAAGUCAUUUGGCCACUUUAGUUGUGAUACAAACCUUUUCAAUAUAAAAGCCUGUGGGCUAGGCUACAUGAGGUGUGUGACUAUGAUUUGAAAAAGUCAAAUAAAAGGCAUGCGCUGUUUCUUGCCUUACUGCACACGAUGCACAUCAUUCACAAGUGAAAGGCUAAUAUUUUCACCCAUCAGACUAUUCUUGAUUUAAUCUUGUCUUUACAUAUGCUAAUAAUAUAUAUGUGAAAUUUGUUUUGAUUUAGAAUGGACCAUUAUCAUUCACCUGUCUCGGAACAGGGGCAGGGGGAAAAACUACAUGUCAUCUAUGUGCUUAAUAUUAGGAAACUUGAGAAAUGAAUAUAGUAGGCCUAGCCUAUAGAAAGCUGAUGGGAUCCUCCUCUUUUUAAUAGAGGCCAUCAAAAAUGUUACGCAUGGGCUCUCAUGAAGUGUUUGAUUUGAUUUUCGAAACAUCUGCAUUGAUGUCAGAGUGAUUACAGGGACAAUAGAGUGCUGAGUACAAGGCAGUUAGCAAGUUUGGUAGGUUACUAAUGACCAUCAGCAGCAUCAGAGCUUGGAGUAGCCUAGUUACCGCGACUAAGCAGUCACGUGCAAUUUGACUGCGGUCAUGACUCAUGACUGCCAGUGUGGCGGUAAUACGGUCACCGUAACUGCCCUAGUGACUAUAAAGAAAUAACUGAGGGUGCCGAAGAUACAGAAGGAGAUUCCCCUCAGUUUCUUGGAGUGGCAAUGCUGCAGAAAAAUCCUUAAUUCUGUUCCUCAUAAACAUUUGCUUGUUUGUUGCCUUGAUCGGGAAAAUCUCCAACUUGAUAGAAAAGUCUGGUGGGUGUCCAAAGGUGACCCCCACGCCCUUUGUCCACCCACCCACUCUCCUCCACAUUCAACACUUCUGUCAAAUCGAUGCCUCUCUUACUGUCUCCACGGGCCCAUCACAAGCCUCCUCAGCCACCAAGCUCCACCACCACCACCUCCACAGAGGAUGCUGUGGGGACCCCUAACCACCACAUGCAACUACCCUCUGAACUUUGACCUCUCCUCCUCUGACCCCAGCCUCUUGCAUGCCCCGAUCCUCUCUUGUAGGGAAAAAGAGAGAAAUGUAUGAGCAUCCUGUCUUCUGCUUGGCGUCUCAAGUGAUGGAUUUAACCAUUCGUGAGUACCUUCCUCAUCCUGCCCCACCCUCCUCCACCCUUCCUUCUCCUCCACCCUUCCUUCUCCUCCCCUCUUCAUGUUUUUCAGUUUUCAACAUCUCCUCGUUCGCACUUCACCCACCCCUCCACUACUACCAUUCCCUGCCGCCCCCUGAACCAAUGUCUCUCUCUCUCUCUCUCUCUCUCUCUCUCUCUCUCUCUCUCUCUCUCUCUCUCUCUUGCUUCUCUCGAGUCCUUUGGCUUUUUGAUCUGUUGCUUCUGUCAGUGAAAGCUACCUGUGAGGGAUCCAGACCCAGAGUCUCUGUCUGUCUGCCUGUCUGUCUGUGAGCUAAUAGCAGGGAAGGACCAAGGCUCCAUCUAUCUGUGAAGACCAUGAGAUAUCUUAUCUACUGUAUCUGUUAUCUCCUUUUUCUGUUCCCAUGCCUAUCUGCGACUUGAAUGCAUUUUUACUUUGCUUCUGUGUAAACCCCCCCCAGUCCUGUUGAAGCAUGUCUCACAGGUACAGAACAUGAGACAGGUACAGCAUACAGCUACAGUACCAUAGAGAGCAUUGUCAUUCCCUGUUUGUAUCAGUUCACACUUGGGACCAGAGGGGUAAGACAACAGGAACAGGAAGUGGCAACGUAAGGAGGACAGGAUGUAAUAUGUUUACAGGUUCUAUCUCUACACGUUUUCCAACAGAAACAUUCACAUAUUGUCAUGUCUUGUCUUUAUUGUUACAGUUUUUACUGUAUGUCCUGAAGUGUUUGUUUUCUUUUUGGGGGGUUGGGUUUUGUUUGGACCACUGUCAAUUUUUUACUGUAUGAAGCUAUAUGUGUGUCUAUGUCUGACUACUGGUAAACAUCAGACCCAGAUAGGAGAACCCUUGGGUGAAGAGUGAAAGGUGUUGCUCAACCACCUCUUUUCCAGAUUUCCACUCUAUCCUGCUCUCAUGCUUUCAUUACUGACUAUCCACUUCUUUCUCUCUCUCUUUCUCUCCCUCCCACCAUCCUUUGUCUCUCCUUCUCUUUCAUUCUCUGCUCUCCCUCUCUCCUGCUCUCACUUAGCGGAGAAAACUCAGAAAGAUAAGAAAGAUCUGAAGGAUCAGGAUCCAGGUGACAUCAUAUAUAUUAGCGUAUCCUAACCCUGCUAGAGCCAUAGCAACAUAACAUCUCACAGCCUUCCUGAGGCACGGCCUGGGAAUGUUACAGGAACGUUGUGGCAGCGUUAUGUCUCCACACCCUGCCCUGUAGUUUCCCCUGUACCUGCACUGCAUUCCAGUGAUGGAGAUGCAGCCCUCCCCAGUGGGUGACUGUGGUAACCUUAACUGUCAAGUCCUCUCUCUAUCCCUCCUGUUAAGACCGCUCAUCUGUGGUGGCUCCACCAAUGGACAUCCUCUGAAUUCUUUUAAAAUGCUUCCUCUUUCCUAUAAUGAUGCCUUACUCCACUAGAUUACUUCCUGGAAGAAAACGAAGUGAUAGAGUGAGGAAGGGAGGAAGAGGGAAGAUGGAGGGAAUUAGCAAACACAUGAACGGAGGGAGCAAUUUUAAGACCAUUCAGACCAUUGCCAUUGAGUAUCACACUUGUGUGAUUGAAACCUGCAGAGUUAGCACUGCUUUAUUGCAAGUACAUGUAAGACAGCAGUUAUUACAUGCUUUAGAAUGUAUGUUGGUGUACAAUUAAAGUAUUACUUCCUCUGCAGAAAGUGCAUGAACUAUAAACAUCUCCAAUGCACUAAAAUGCAAUAGUUUUGAAUACAAACCUCAGUCAUGGUUUGGCAUUGAUGGUUGCAAAAUUUGACCAUAAGUGAUGAGAUGGUUUGGAUAUUCUGACUGCUAUUGUCCAUAGAUUACCAUAUUUUUAUAUCAAUGGACAUUUUGAUACAUUGGAAAUAAAUAAGUGAACUAAGAUGAAAUCAUAGAUGAUAAUAGCACAUACUGUAGUCAUCAUAAUUAUUAAUGUCACUUCAGACUGUUUCAGGGUUGCAGUCCUGCUGCACUCUUAGAAUAAAAGGUGCUAUCUAUAACCUAAAAAGGUUAUUUGGCUGUCCCCAUAGGAUAACCCUUUGAAGAACCCUUUUUGGUUCCAGUUAGAACCUUUUUGGGUUCCAUGUAGAACCCUUUCCACAGAAGGUUCUACCUGGAACCAAAAACGGUUAUCCUAUGGGGACAGCAGAAUAACUCUUUUAGAACCUUUUUUUCUAAGAGUGUGGUGUCACUCUGUGUGACACAUUGUCUAUUCAGUGGAAUUUAAUGAUUAAACAGACCUCACACCUGGUUUCCCAGGUCUAAAACAGCAGACAUCCCUUAUACUGUAGAAUGUGGCAAUACUGAGUUUCUGUUAUAGAAGAUCUAGAUUUUUGCCCUUGUCCCUCACCUCACAUUUAUCACUCCAGCACCCCUGCCCCUUCAUUGACUAAGGGAAGAAAUUACCUUUUUGUUUGAGGGCAUUCUUUUAAUCCCUCCAUCCAUACUGGUGACUAGGCCAUCAUUUCAAAACUCAGUCAAAGAGGCAAUCCUCUGUCCACAGUUCAGUCCACGGACACCACUGGGUUUAAAGUACUAUGCCAGUGUGUCACAGAACUGUACCUCUGUACACUGCUAAUUAAACCCCUGCUACUACAGAGACUCACUAGCACAAUGACAGAUGUGUGUGCAAAGAGCAGAAGUAGCAAGGAGAGGUCUUUGCCUCACUUCUGCCAGUGUAAAAGUCCACAAUGUCACGUUAAUCUCUCCAUUUUACUGGGACUGUAAACAGAGACUGAGAAAUGGGAAAUACAGUGGGGGGAAAAAAGUAUUUAGUCAGCCACCAAUUGUGCAAGUUCUCCCACUUAAAAAGAUGAGAGAGGCCUGUCAUUUUCAUCAUAGGUACACGUCAACUAUGACAGACAAAAUUAGAAAACAAAAUCCAGGAAAUCACAUUGUAGGAUUUUUUAUUAAUUUAUUUGCAGAUUAUGGUGGAAAAUAAGUAUUUGGUCAAUAACAAAAGUUUCUCAAUACUUUGUUAUAUACCCUUUGUUGGCAAUGACACAGGUCAAACGUUUUCUGUAAGUCUUCACAAGGUUUUCACACACUGUUGCUGGUAUUUUGGCCCAUUCCUCCAUGCAGAUCUCCUCUAGAGCAGUGAUGUUUUGGGGCUGUCGCUGGGCAACACGGACUUUCAACUCCCUCCAAAGAUUUUCUAUGGGGUUGAGAUCUGGAGACUGGCUAGGCCACUCCAGGACCUUGAAAUGCUUCUUACGAAGCCACUCCUUCGUUGCCCGGGCGGUGUGUUUGGGAUCAUUGUCAUGCUGAAAGACCCAGCCACGUUUCAUCUUCAAUGCCCUUGCUGAUGGAAGGAGGUUUUCACUCAAAAUCUCACGAUACAUGGCCCCAUUCAUUCUUUCCUUUACACGGAUCAGUCGUCCUGGUCCCUUUGCAGAAAAACAGCCCCAAAGCAUGAUGUUUCCACCCCCAUGCUUCACUGUAGGUAUGGUGUUCUUUGAUGCAACUCAGCAUUCUUUGUCCUCCAAACACGACGAGUUGAGUUUUUACCAAAAAGUUAUAUUUUGGUUUCAUCUGACCAUAUGACAUUCUCCCAAUCCUCUUCUGGAUCAUCCAAAUGCACUCUAGCAAACUUCAGACGGGCCUGGACAUGUACUGGCUUAAGCAGGGGGACACGUCUAGCACUGCAGGAUUUGAGUCCCUGGCGGCGUAGUGUUUUACUGAUGGUAGGCUUUGUUACUUUGGUCCCAGCUCUCUGCAGGUCAUUCACUAGGUCCCCCCGUGUGGUUCUGGGAUUUUUGCUCACCGUUCUUGUGAUCAUUUUGACCCCACGGGGUGAGAUCUUGCGUGGAGCCCCAGAUCGAGGGAGAUUAUCAGUGGUCUUGUAUGUCUUCCAUUUCCUAAUAAUUGCUCCCACAGUUGAUUUCUUCAAACCAAGCUGCUUACCUAUUGCAGAUUCAGUCUUCCCAGCCUGGUGCAGGUCUACAAUUUUGUUUCUGGUGUCCUUUGACAGCUCUUUGGUCUUGGCCAUAGUGGAGUUUGGAGUGUGACUGUUUGAGGUUGUAGACAGGUGUCUUUUAUACUGAUAACAAGUUCAAACAGGUGCCAUUAAUACAGGUAACAAGUGGAGGACAGAGGAGCCUCUUAAAGAAGAAGUUACAGGUCUGUGAGAGCCAGGAAUCUUGCUUGUUUGUAGGUGACCAAAUACUUAUUUUCCACCAUAAUUUGCAAAUAAAUUCAUAAAAAAUCCUACAAUGUGAUUUUCUGGAUUUUUCUUUCUCAAUUUGUCUGUCAUAGUUGACAUGUACCUAUGAUGAAAAUUACAGGCCUCUCUCAUCUUUUUAAGUGGGAGAACUUGCACAAUUGGUGGCUGACUAAAUACUUUUUUUCCCCACUGUAAGUCAAGUAAGUCAGUGUUGUUGUGAGAAGUCUGUCUGACUGAUUCGUUAAGAAACAAGUAAAUCAGCCAUAUCUAAAGAUCUUUGACCCUGCCUGAGAUGCCCUGAAGUCUGAACGAGGAACCAAAUAUGUAUGGUACUGUUACCUCUGCUGACUCUCUCUCACACAUAUACCUUCUCUUCACCGUAUUACUUAUUAUUUUCUUUAUUUCAAAAGCCUGACAUUUAUGUGUAGUAUCAUCACAACCUCAUUGGUCAGUUGAGCUGGUUGUGUUUCGUCCCUUGGUUGUGUUUCGUUACAUGAUUGCUGUAGACUGAAUUGGUAUCCAUUAGUAGUAGUAGUAUGUGAACACCAGACUUUAAUUGUGUUUUUUUGUUCCUCAAGAUGGAUUUGAUGGAAAAACAAAUCAUGUAAUAAUGCCAAUACUUGCACUCUACACUUUCUUAGUGGUUAUAUUUAUCCUGGUUGUCACAGCUAUCCUACUUAGCAGGGGAAAAGUACCAGACUACAGUGAGAGUAGUUUUGCAUGUCACAUGUUAAACAUGAGACUCUCACAUAAGCAACAUUCAAAGUGUGGAUGUCAUAAAGAACAUGAGCGCUGCACGAUGUUCUGCACAUUUUGCAUGAUAACUGUGGAACAUAUCUGUUGUUUUCCCUGUUUUCAUUUGUUUCAUUAUACCUGCGUUGUUCUUGAUGGUGUAAUUACAGUGUUGCCCUCUGAGGCUUACACAAUAGCACACCAUUACCAUAACGUUGAUCAGAGGUUGAGGGGAGGUUUUACAGCCAUGUAUCUCCCUCCAUAUUGACCUGUGACCUUUGUGCUUCAGAGAAUGUAGGGCGCUUAGUCACCCCUGCCAAAAAGCUGGAGGACACCAUCCGUCUGGCCGAGCUGGUCAUCGAGGUCCUCCAACAGAACGAGGAGCACCAUGCAGAGGUGAGUGCAAUACACACACACACACACUCUCUCUCUCUCUCUCUCUCUCUCUCUCUCUCUCUCUCUCUCUCUCUCUCUCUCUCUCUCUCUCUCUCUCUCUCUCUCUCUCUCUCUCACUCUCAUCUCUCUCUCUCUCUCUCACUCUCUCUGUCUCACACACACAAAUUAUGUCCAAUAUAUUCCUAUCAAACACUGUGCAACGUGACCAGGGAAAAUCCAAAGUCAGUUAUUACCAGAGCAGAGAAUGAAGAACUACAGAGAACCAUGGGGCAUUUAUUCUGUGUCUGACUCUGUGUUUAACAGGCUACAGUCACAAGUACUGGAAAUCAGUCGGUACAGUAUUCACAUCUCUGUUUUCUUCCUCCAUAUCUCACUGGUGUAUGCUAGCCAGACCGCACUGGCCUGCACGGUAGGAGGUCAAGGUGUGGGUUCAAAGGUCAAAAAGGUUUCAUCAUUCCAUGUGCACCAGGCAUAGUUUGGGAUGACAACAAUGAGCAGUGCACAGUUUGACUGGGGGACUUCUGAUUGGGUCACUUUGUUUCCUGUACAUGGCCACCUGGAAGGUGGGUAGAGUAGUGUAGUGUAGUAUAGUGUGUAGUGUAAUGUAAUGAAGUGGAGGUUGGGUGUGUUGUUGCAUCACAUACUUUUUAGUGGCACAUGACUGCAUUUGUACUCUUUCCAGAAACGUGAAGAGAAUUUACAGACCUCAUUUUUAAACACCAAAUUGUCUAUUGAUUAUGUGAAGGCUAGGCCAAGUGCAUGGUUUUCCAUGUGUAUAUUAUGUUUAUUCAUAAAAGAGAAUGUUGACAUCUUUUUUAACAGACCUUGACCUCUUGAGUAUGGUUUGAAACUACUAUUUUUUCUCCAUUGGUUUGGAUUGUUUCUUUCUUUCACUGUCAUCAUUGCAUAUUUUCUGCCAACUAACCAUUAGAAGGAAAAAGUCAACACGGGGACGCCAACUUUGCAGAAGUGUACCUGACUUAACCCAUUCCUGUUCUCUCAUUGUUUGUUUUGUUUGCGGGGAAUGUUCGGACAGGGCAAAGAGGUAUGUGAUAGAUCCUGAUAACAUGAUCUCUAACCCCUGCCACCCCCCACCUGCCAUGACCCCUAACCCCUGCCACACCCACCUCCCAUACUAUGUGCAUGUCCUGAAGAUGCCCAAUACCCAGGGAUGAUCUUAACUGUUUCCAUCUUCCUUCCUAGUAAUAGCCUUGUACCCCAACUUCUUCCCUUAUACUUGUCAGCCCAUCCCAGAGAGUUGUGCAAGUGCUUGUGCAGCCCAAAGGGUUGCCUUUGGUGAUAAGGCAAACCCCAAAAAGCACUGUGGCAGUGUUCCUGUCUAUCAUAUUUAGACCCCUCCUACUAAAAUAGUUGCGCCCCCCCCCCCCCCCCCCCCCCCCCCCCCACCACCACAACAUCGCCCCCCUCACCGUCUGGUGCAGUUUUCUCUGUCCACCCCAACUGCCACAGCCAACUCUGGUCCCAUCCUGUCAGUGAAAGACCUACUCUGUAGUGCUGUGUGUUUGAGGAAAGCUGUCCACAACAACAUCCUCCUCAUGUAAUAACUCAAAUGAAAAACGCCAUGCAAAACAACGACCCACCCAGCAUUUACCCAAAACAUAACACCCAGUUUCAUGGUUUUGUUUUUUUAACAACCGGGGUUUGGUAGGGUUUUUGAAAUUUUUUUUAUUGGUUGGUUGUUUUUUUUUUAAAUUCUUUUUUUUUCUCCCUCCAUUAAAAAAAAAAUAAAAAGGGGACCCCAAAUUUGAAAAAGAAACCCUUUUAUUUUUAAAAUUUUAAAGGGGGAAAAAGGAAGGAAAUUUUUUAAAAAAAUUUAACUAAAAACCCACCUUUUAAACCCCUCCCUCAUUUUUUUGCUUUGGGUAUCAGGGUGAUCUUAAGUCUCUAAUUCUAAAACCCCUUUUGCCCCCCAAACCUCCAUUUUAAAUUUCACCCCCUAAUUUGCUGCCGGGUUCGGAAUAACAAAAAUAGGGUCCAUUUCCGUCAAAAUUUACCCCCCCCAUUCCCCUAAAGGGCUGACCCCCCUCUAUCCCCUCUUGCAUUUCUCAAAUGCAUUGUUGUGUGAAUUUCCCCAUCAGAAAUGAACACUAACACUGUCAGUAGACCAGCAUAAGCAGCAAUAGAUACAUCUUCCACUCCUCAACUCAGUACCCUCAGUCACCUCAUUCAUUCAGUUUGGGUCAAUUCCAUUUUCAUUCAACUCAAUUGGCGAAUCUAAUACAAUGUUUGUGUAUAGUGUAUGCCAUGUCCAAUGAAGUUUAUUAAUUGACUUGAAUAGAAAUUAAACUGACCCUAACUGUUACUCAAUUCAGCAGCCAAUGUGGAGAAUCAGUAGAUGAAUCCUCCCACUUCUCGAGGCCUGUAAUGAAGGUUUUAUUUAUGGUUAUGAGCCUCACCAUUUUGACCCAGAGAUCCUGUUGCUGGUUGCUGCUGGCGCUGUCAUGUCAACCGUCCCAUGCCAGAGUGCAUGGCGCCCAUGGGAACAUUCACAUCACAGAGGUGUGACGAUGUGAAUGGCUGAUGGCCAAGUCCUCCAAUGGGAAGAGAGAGGGGGAGCAUGGGAGGAUGAGUGCUAACCUGCAUGAGACCAGCCCGUUCCAGACUCUGUCACUCCACUGAUUCUAUCUAUCCUAUGGGGAGGCUUAGAGCUGCUCUGUAUGAAUGACUUAGUCAAGGAGCCGUGUCUACGCAGCUCUCUGUGGGCCAACAAAACAGUGCACGUUUAGCCGUGUUCAAGCGCAGAACUGAAACACUGUGCUCAAAGCUGUGAAGUGUACCCCAGAGAUCUCUGUGUGAUGCCUCAGAGGUGACAACUUGACUCUUAUUGUGAAAACAAGAGAAGAAAAGAGCCCUUAUAUAGAUCAGUGGAGUAACAUUCUCUCCCUUUUCCUCUCUAGAGAAUGACAGUGCUGUGAGGCUUGUAGUUAGAGAUGUGCUUGUAUUAUAUUUGCAUACUCUUAUCCUCUAUUGUGUUUCUGUCCCUCUAUCUUUGUAUAUUUCUCCAACCUGCCUCCCUUUACCGCUUGGCACCCGGAGAUAGGGGGCCUCAAACGUAAGUAUAGGCCCAUGCCGCACUCUAGCUGAGUCAGAACCCGCGAGAAGGGGCGGGAGGCAAACAGGCAGAGAAACGAGAGGGGGAGAGGCGAAAGAAGAAAGAGGGGGAGGAGAGGGGAGAGAGAGAGAGAGAGAGAGAGAGCAGAGAGAGAGCACGAGAGAGAGAGAGAGAGAGAUGAGAGAGAUAGGUACGAGAGAGAUAGAGAGAGAGAGAACGAAGAGAGAGGGAGAGAGAGAGAGAGAGGAGAGCGAGAGAGAGCGGAGGGGAGAGAAGAGAGAGAGAUAGAGAGAGGCAGAGAGAGGAGGAAGAGAGAGAGAGCAGAGAGAGAGAGUAGGGAGAGAGAGAGCAGGAAUCUCUCUACUUCUCUCUCUCUCUCUCUCUCUUCUCCUCUCUCUCCUUCUCUUCUCUAUCUCUCUCUCUUCCUCUCUCUCACUCUCUCCUUCUCUCUCGCUCUCUCUAGGCGUUUGCGUGGUGGUCAGACCUGAUGGUGGAGCACGCGGAGACCUUCCUGUCUCUGUAUGCGGUGGACAUGGACGCUGCUCUGGAGGUGCAGCCCCCUGACAGCUGGGACAGCUUCCCUCUCUUCCAACUCCUCAACGACUUCCUGAGGACCGACUGUGAGUGCCUCCAAUCCCGACCCAGGCCCUGAACCAGGGCUACAUUAUGAACAGACACGCACAGCAUUUAGCACUCCAGAACCAUACAGCACACACUUAACAUGAGUCUGGCGCAUUUAUGUCACAUAGGACUGUGUUUUUAUUGAAUAUUCAUUGUGGUUGAUCUUGGUGAACUGGAGAAACUUAAACCUUACUUUGAGAUCCAAAUUGAGAAGAAUAUGUUCCGAUCUAAUGUUACUUUCCCACUGCAUUUGACUCCAGUAUAAAGAAAGGGAUGAAGGUGAUUGAGAGGACAAUAGAGUGCUUUGGGAGCUUCGCAGUAAGAGCUGAGAGACUAACAGUGAAAUGGUUGCUGUGGGCCCUGUCAUCUCCCUAAUGAACUGCAGUUGCCGUAGGAGCACUGUCCAGGGUGCUGAAAGCGUGAGCCAGAAAAGAAACACUUAUCACUGCCUUUGUGAAGUGAACCUGCACUGGGCUAAUUGUCCCUGGUGAAAGUCUCCUUUUAGCUUGUCAGCCAGGAGUCUGGAAGGAUGUAAUGUAGUCUGUUGUUCACCUGCAGUGGCUUAAUGGACUUAGACUGGAACAGCUUGUUAUGCUCACUUGCUACUGCUGCACAAUUGGCCACAUUCACGAGUGGCAUUUUUUUUUUUUAAUAACCGAUUGGUUAUUCACAUUGCAAUGAUCAUAGCAACAAGACCAUCUGGAGACAAGCCAAACAGAAGGGCAAAAUUAAUGGUAUUCUUCCCCAAUUUACUUUUAUAAUAGUAAAAGGCUCCAGUGACCACUGCAUGUCAACACAUGAUGUGUUGGAUUUCAUAGUGUACACUUUACAUACAGUAUGAUUGAUGUAGCAUACAUGGACUAAUUCCAUGUAAUGCUAGUAAUUCUAAUUCCCAUGACUUUGACAGCAUAACUCAUCAUGCAAACCUGACACAAUGAUGAGUGAGAUGGCCACCAAAAUAGCAUCCAUCCAUCCAUGCAGCCAUCCAUCUCCCUCAGGGUCCUCCAGUGGUUUACAGGAGCACACUAACACAAUGUACAACGUCAAAGUCCACACUACACACACAGUGCAACAUCCCCACAACUACCAAUCCAUAUCACAGGGGCAUUUUACACAGAAGGUCAUUUGUUUUGUCUCCCCAAAUCAGCUAGCUUAUAUGGCAGGAAAUAGCCCUAGCACCAGACAGGUGCCAAAGUCAGACGCCAUUGAAGCAGUUAAUGAGGUCUAAAACAGAAGUGGCUGGGAGAGGGGCGAGCCCUGCAUCCUCACUUCUGGACAAAUACAUCAAAGUGUACAGCAGCCGCUCAAGUGGCUAAUUGGAGAACGACAAUCAGGGAACAAAAUAAACAUUGCACCUACUGUGUAUCAUCGACCUUGACUUCUAUACACGCAGCACACACAUAUAGCCUACACACACACACAGAGAGGGAGAGCGAGCGCUCAAAGGAAUAAAAAUCAAACCCACUGUGUGGAGCCGUGAGCCAUCGCAUUAGCACACACUGGCCUCCAUUCUAUCUCCCACGGUCUGUGUUAGCGUUGCCUUUUUACAAGUUGAAUCUAGAGGAAACGUGCUUUGUCUAAAGAAAACUAUAGGCAACAGAUAUACAAAAGAUAGCGAGGAGCUAGACUACUAUUAGUCUCGCUAUCCACCUCAUAGCUUUCAUCAGACCAGUCAUUUCAUAUCAGCGAUCACUCCAAGGAAGACAGGAAGGAGAGGCAUUUCCAAGUAAUUCUCCCUUGGAUGUUAUAUUGAUGAAUGUUCCUAUGGUGUUACAGUUUAAUGAAUUACUUCCUCUAACAUACAGUGGGGGAAAAAAGUAUUUAGUCAGCUACCAAUUGUGCAAGUUCUCCCACUUAAAAAGAUGAGAGAGGCCUGUAAUUUUCAUCAUAGGUACAUGUCAACUAUGACAGACAAAAUUAGAAUUAAAUCCAGAAAAUCACAUUGUAGGAUUUUUUAUGAAUUUAUUUGCAAAUUAUGGUGGAAAAUAAGUAUUUGGUCAAUAACAAAAGUUUCUCAAUACUUUGUUAUAUACCCUUUGUUGGCAAUGACACAGGUCAAACGUUUUCUGUAAGUCUUCACAAGGUUUUCACACACUGUUGCUGGUAUUUUGGCCCAUUCCUCCAUGCAGAUCUCCUCUAGAGCAGUGAUGUUUUGGGGCUGUCGCUGGGCAACACGGACUUUCAACUCCCUCCAAAGAUUUUCUAUGGGGUUGAGAUCUGGAGACUGGCUAGGCCACUCCAGGACCUUGAAAUGCUUCUUACGAAGCCACUCCUUCGUUGCCCGGGCGGUGUGUUUGGGAUCAUUGUCAUGCUGAAAGACCCAGCCACGUUUCAUCUUCAAUGCCCUUGCUGAUGGAAGGAGGUUUUCACUCAAAAUCUCACGAUACAUGGCCCCAUUCAUUCUUUCCUUUACACGGAUCAGUCGUCCUGGUCCCUUUGCAGAAAAACAGCCCCAAAGCAUGAUGUUUCCACCCCCAUGCUUCACUGUAGGUAUGGUGUUCUUUGGAUGCAACUCAGCAUUCUUUGUCCUCCAAACACGACGAGUUAAGUUUUUACCAAAAAGUUAUAUUUUGGUUUCAUCUGACCAUUGAGGUUGUGGACAGGUGUCUUUUAUACUGAUAACAAGUUCAAACAGGUGCCAUUAAUACAGGUAACGAGUGGAGGACAGAGGAGCCUCUUAAAGAAGAAGUUACAGGUCUGUGAGAGCCAGAAAUCUUGCUUGUUUGUAGGUGACCAAAUACUUAUUUUCCACCAUAAUUUGCAAAUAAAUUCAUUAAAAAUCCUACAAUGUGAUUUUCUGGAUUUUUUUUCUCUCAAUUUGUCUGUCAUAGUUGACGUGUACCUAUGAUGAAAAUUACAGGCCUCUCUCAUCUUUUUAAGUGGGAGAACUUGCACUAUUGGUGGCUGACUAAAUACUUUUUUUCCCCACUGCAUAUGAUCUGUCCUGUCUCAGAUAACCUGUGCAACGGACAGUUCCACAGACACCUGCAGGACCUGUACGCCCCCCUGGUGGUACGAUAUGUGGACCUCAUGGAGUCAUCUAUCGCCCAGUCCAUCCACAGGGGCUUCGAGAGAGAGUCCUGGGAGCCUGUCAAGUAAGGACACCUCAACCUCUAGAAUCAACACCCUAAUGUGCUACACAGUUUCUGCAUUCAAGUUGGCUAUAGCAGAAACUGACUGGCACCUAGGUUAGUCAUAAUGCAGUAGCCUAAGCAUACCUUUAUUCAUUUAGGCAAAUUAAUCAAUGAAGUGUGUUGGGUACUAUCAAACAUACAAUAUGGGUAGACGCUAAUAUCUUCAGUUUUCAAACUUGAAUUAAUGUCAAUGAUUUUAGGCUUUCCUGUUCAUGUUAAAAUAAAUAUUCAGAUAUUCUUUGGGUGAUCAUGUGUACCAUGUAUUUGUACAUGAAAUAGGUUGAUAUCCACACAAAGUAUGUAUACUGAACAAAAAUAUAAACGCAACAUGUAAAGUGUUGGUCCCAUGCCAUGUAAUUUGUUUACAUCCCUGUUAGUGGCCAUUUCUCCUUUGCCAAGAUAAUCCAUCCACCUGACAGGUAUGGAAUAUGAAGAAGCUGAUUAAACAGCAUGAUCAUUACACAGGUGCACCUUGUGCUGGGGACAAUAAAAGGCCACUCUAAAAUGUGCAGUUUUGUCUCACACACAAUGACAAAGAUGUCUCAAGUUUUGAGGGAGCGUGCAGUUGGAAUGCUGACUGCAGGAAUGUCCACCAGAGCUGUUGUUGUAAGGACAGACGCUGGGAGACGAGAAGCAGGUACAGGGAGUGAACAUUUAAUAUAUACAGACAUGAAACAAAACACAGACAGCGUCUGGACAGGGGAAACAUAACGACAUUAAUGCUGACACGGGGAUCAAACAGAGGAACAGACAGAUAUAGGGGAGGUAAUUAACAAAGGGUUCAGGUGAGUCCAAUGAGCGCUGAUGCACGUAACGAUGGUGACAGGUGUGCGAAAUGAUGGGCUGCCUGGCACCCUCGAGCGCCAGGGAGGGGGAGUGGGAGCAGGCGUGACAGUUGCCAGAGAAUUGAAUGUUCAUUUCUCUAGCAUAAGCUGCCUCCAAUGUUGUUUUAGAGAAUUUGGCAGUACGUCCAGCCGGCCUCACAAACGCAGACUACGUGUAACCAUGCAAGCCCAGGACCUCCACAUCCGGCUUCUUCACGUUUGGGAUCAUCUGAGACCAGCCACCGGGACAGCUGAUGAAACUGAGGAGUAGUUCUGUCUGUAAUAAAGCCCUUUUGUGGGGUAAAAACUCAUUCUGAUUUGCUGGGCCUGGCUCCCAAGUGGGUGGGACUAUGCCCUCCCAGGCCCACCAAUGGCUGCGCCCCUGCCCAGUCAUGUGAAAUCCAUAGAUUAGGGCCUAAUUAAUUUAUUUCAAUUGACUGAUUUCCUUUUAUGAACUGUAACUAAUAUUUUUGUUCAGUAUAUAUUUGUGGACAAUUGUGUAAAAAUAUAUGGUAACUAUUUAAUUUGACUACAUAUCCAUAAUGCAUUUAUUACUCAUAAGCAUUUCAUGAACGUGUUAUAACAGGUCUCAACCGCAUUAUUAAAGGUGAAUUAAAUAUAUCCAUAGCAUAUUCAUGUCAUGCUAUGCAAGAGCACAUAUUUAGGUAUCUUAAUAGAGCAAUCAAUACAAUGACAGCGUAGUGUCAUCAUUAUGGCUGUUCUCAAAAGUGUGCUUCUGCCAUACCAGUGUUAGUGAAUAUGCUGAUAAAUAGCCUGUACCAGCCCCAUUUCCCCACCGGCCAGUAUAGGCCCAUGACUUACCUUCUUCUUCUUCUCACUGAGGUCAAUGGUGCAUGAAGAUCCCCACGGGGUUGAAUCCUCAGGGUAAAUUUUACGGAUCAAAUCGUGUAGUUGAGGGUCAUAUCAUAACUCUUUCAUAACUCAUUAGCAACCCUCCUCCACAUCACAAUGAAGUUGGUCAUACUAGUCUAUAAUGCAUACAUGAAAGGUCUGUGUAUGUGUUCUAUGCAGUCAAAGUAAAGUCAAAUCUGUUUUCCCAUUCAUAAAGCAUUUAUAGCUAAGCAUUUCAUGGUAAUUAACUGUGCAGUUUGCCACUGAUCUAUAACACCAACAUUAAAGGUCUACAGUGGGGGAAAAAAGUAUUUAGUCAGCCACCAAUUGCUUACAAGCAAAAACUCAAACAGGAAGUACCAGUAAUGCGCUGAAUACGGAAGUGGUCCGAUGAAGUGAAUGCUAAACUACAGGACUGUUUCGCUAGCACAGACUGGAAUAUGUUCCGCGAUUCAUCUGAUGGCAUUGAGGAGUUUACCACAUCAGUCACCGGCUUCAUUAAUAAGUGCAUUGACGAUGUCGUCCCUACAGUGGCCGUACGUACAUAUCCCAACCAGAAGCCAUGGAUUACAGCCAACAUCCGCAUUGAGCUAAAGGCUAGAGCUGCCGCUUUCAAGGAGUGGGACACUAAUCCAGACGCUUAUAUACGAAAUCCCGCUAUGCCCUCCGACAAACCAUCAAACAGGCAAAGCGUCAAUACAAGACCAAGAUCGAAUCCUACUACACCGGCUCUGACGCCCGUCAGAUGUGGCAGGGCUUGCAAACUAUCACGAAUUACCAAGGAAACCCAGCAGCGACCUGUCUAGUGACGCAAGCCUACCAGACGAGCUAAAUACCUUCUAUGUUCGCUUCGAGCCUAGCAACACUGAACCAUGCAUGAGAGCACCAGCUGUGCUGGAUGACUGUGUGAUCACGCUCUCCGUAGCCGAUGUGAGUAAGACCUUUAAACAGGUUAACAUUCACAAGGCCACAGGUCCAGAAGGAUUACCAGGACACAUACUCAGAACAUGCGCUGACCAGCUGGCAAGUGUCUUCACUGACAUUUUCAACCUCUCCCUGACGCAGUCUGUAAUACUUACAUGUUUCAAGCAGACCACCAUAGUCCCUGUGCCCAAGAACGCCAAGGUAACCUGUCUAAGUGACUAACGCCCCUUAGCCUCACAUCUGUAACCAUUACAUACUUUGAAAGGCUGGUCAUGGCUCACAUCAGAUCAUCAUCCCAGACACCCUGGACCCACUCCAAUUCGCAUACCGCCCAAAAGAUCCACAGAUGACUCUAUCUCUAUUGAGCUCCACACUGCCCUGUCCCACCUGGACAAAAGGAACACCUAUGUGAGAAUGCUGUUCAUUGACUACAGCUCAGUGUUCAUCACCAUAGUUCCCUCCAAGCUCAUCACUAAGCUAAGGUCCCUGUGUUUAAACACCUCCCUCUGUAACUGGAUCCUGGACUUCCUGACCGGCCGCCCCCAGGUGGUGAGGGUAGGAAACAAUGCAUCCGCCACGCUGACCCUCAACACGAGGGCCCCUCAGGGGUGCAUGCUUAGUCCCCUCCUGUACUUCCUGUUCACCCACGACUGCGUGGCCGCGCAUGACUCCAACACCAUCAUUAAGUUUGCAGACAACACGGCGGUGGUAGGCCUGAUCACCGACAACGAUGAGACAGCUUACAGGGAGGAGGUUAGAGACCUGGCAGUGUGGUUCCAGGACAACCAAAUCUCCCUCAACGUCAGCAAGAUAAAGAAACUGAUCGUGGACUACAGGAAACGGAGGGCCAAGCACGCUCCAUCCAAAUUGACUGGGCUAUAGCGGAGCAGGUCGAGUGCUUCAACUUCCUUGUGUCCACAACACUAAGGAAUUAUCAUGGUCCACACACAACAAUACAGUUGUGAAGAAGGCACGACAACGCCUCUUCCCCCUCAGGAGGCUGAAAAGUUUUGUCAUGGUCCCUCGGAUCCUCAAAAAGUUGUACAGCUGCAGUAUUGAGAGCAAUCUUGACUGGCUGCAUCACCGCUUGGUAUGGCAACUGCUUGGCAUCCGACCAGACCUCUAUACCAGGCGGUGUCAGAGGAAGGCCCUCCAGCCACCCAAGUCAUAGACUGUUCUCUCUGCUACCACACGGCAAGCGGUACCGAUGCACCAAUCUGGAACCAAUAGGACCCUGAACAGCUUCUACCCCCAAGCCAUAAGACUGCGAAAUAGUUAGGUAGCUAUUGGUUAACUAUAUAACUAACUACAGUAUCUGCAUUGACCCUUUUGACUCAUCACAUACACUGCUGUUACUGUUUAUUAUCUAUCCUGUUGCCUAGUCACUUUAUUUCUACCUACAGUAUAUGUAUAUAUCUACCUCAAUUACCUCGUACCCCUGCACAUCGACUCGGUACUGGUACCCCGUGGAUAUAGCCAAGUUAUCGUUACUCAUUGUGUAUUUAUUCCUUGUGUUAUUAUUUUGAUAUUUUGAUAUUAUUUAUCUUUUUCUCUUUGCGUUGUUGGGAAGGGCUCGUAAGUAAGCAUCAUACUGUUAGUCUACAGUUCUUUAUGAAGCAUGUGACCAUUUUAUAUUUAUUUGAUUUGAAUUCAGAGACAGAAACAUCAUGACAUUCUUUCCAUUUUGAUUGCACUGCCACAGGAGGAGUGUGUGAGAGGUGACCUCUCACUUCUACAAAAAUCAUUUAAAAAACUGAAAGUGUACCUUUGUACAUUUAAAAUAACAAAAAUAGCUAUUAAGAAGCCAGAAGAAUGCUGGGCUGUCACCCGGAAGCGAUGCCCCCAUGACUUCUCACCUCUCAUCUGCAGUCAAAACGUAGAGAAUUAUAGAGGCUUCUAGUGGCCAAAAGGCCGUAUUAGCAUGGGCAGCUCCAUUGAGGGCUUCCACCAUUUUAAUGUAGUCAACUGGGUGGGACUUCCGACUUCAUUGGCUGAUCCCUCCUGGUGACCUUGUUGGAGUCAUGUCCAACCGGGUCAUCAGGUGGGAUCAGCCAAUCGUGAAGAAGAACAUUGACUACUUCUAAAUGGAGAUGGCCUCCAUGGCGCUUCCCAUGCUGUCACAGAUGCUAGAAUGGCACAUAUACAAAGAUGAGUCCUCUGUCUAUCUCUAUGGUCUCUCUUAAUUUGUCCUAUUUUAAACGGUCUGUAAUGUGCAAAAGUACAAUGUAAAUAGUGAAAUAGCUAACAUUGUUAACAAAAUGUUUCAUGAGUUUUAUGAAAAAAUUUGAACGUUUCUGGACCGAGUUGUAAAAGCUAGCUAACGUUACAUUAGUGAAUAAGGGGGAAACACUAGUUAGCUUUACCUCCUUAUGUUAUUACAUUUUACUCAAUAAAAAAGUUAUUGCUAGCUAUCAGUCUAAAAUGGGGAAUUGAAUUUGAAAGCUUUGAAUAUGAAUCUCAGUUAAAUCUAUUCAAGAAAAGACUAACUGAAAAAUGUCAAUUGUAGGAUUCUUCUGCGAUCCUCAGCAAUUGUUUUCUGUGCAAGCUAGCUAACGUUACAUAUGGAAAAUUUAAAUAAAAUAACAUUCUGUGUUGUGUCCGUAUUCUUUUUGAUAAGUGAGGCAUGUUUAUAAAUGCCUUAUAAAUGCUUUAUGAAUGAGAAUAUUGAAAUGACAGUACAUUGACUGCAUAAAGUUCAUACAUAGACCUUUAAUGUUGGUGUUAUAGAUCAGAUUGGCAAACUGCACAGUUAAUUACCAUGAAGUGCUUAGCUAUAAAUGCUUUAUGAAUGGGAAAAUAGAUUUGACUUUAAUGUGACUACAUACAAUUCAUACAGACCCUACAUGUAUGCGUAAUAGACCAGUAUGACCAACUUAAUUGUGAUGUGGAGGAAGGUUGCUAAUGAGUUACGGAAGAGUUAUAGUAUGACCCUCAACUACACGAUUUGAUCCGUAAAAUGUACCCUGAGGAUUCAACCCUGUGGGGAUCUUCUUGCACCAUUGACCUCAGUGAGAAGAAGAAGAAGAAGAAGAAGAAGAAGAAGAAGAAGAAGAAGAAGAAGAAGAAGAAGAAGAAGAAGAAGAAGAAGAAGAAGAAGAAGUCUCAAAACGUGGUUUGGCCUUUUGGCAUAUUCACUAACACUGGCAGAAGCACACUUUUGACAACAGCCAUAUUGAUGACACUACACUGUCAUUGUAAUGAUGCAUCUAUUAAGAUAUGCUAUGAAUAUUUUUCAUUAACCUUUAAUAAUGUGGUUGGGACCAGUUAUAAAGCGUUCAUGAAAUACUUAAAGAUGUGUAAUAAAUGCGUUAUGGAUAUGGAGUCAAAGUAAACCAAUACCAAAUAUAUUAAUUUGUACUAACAAGAUUAUUUACUAUCUAUUCAAUUCAAAUUUUCCCUACUGCAGGUAAGACCAUAUGUCUGAAAAUGUUGUCGGAAACAUUUUUCCUCAAUGUUUGGUAUUCCCUAGUGUUCAAAUGGUAUCCCUUGUAUCAAUGUCAUAGCAGUUUGCUGUCACCAUGUAUUGAGUUAUCAUUAGUCAACUAUCUUCUGUCAUUACUGUCUUCAAUGCUGAUAAGACACUCUUUACACAUGAUUUUUCAACAUUACAUUUGUCUCUUCUAUUCACUGCAACGAUACCCUUACUUAUUUCAUCUUAAUAACUGCUAUUGUUCUCACCAAUUGUUUUUUUCUCACCAUUUCUUCACUUUCCCUGUUAAAACAUAUCCACUUUACCGCUGUUAUAGCACGUCUUAUUUUAAUUUUAUGUCUGUUUCCUCUACACAGGAGCCUAACAAGUAAUCUUCCUGAUUUGAAUCUACCAAAUGUCAACCUCCAAAUGCCCAAAGUACCAAAUCUACCACCAGUUAGCCUCCUAACAAUGUCUAGCUUUUCUACACCCAACUGGAUGGCAGCUACAUGUGACUCAGAGUGUGUAUUGAGUCUCUGUUGGAGCCUGAAACAUGAAAAAUGAAUGUGUGUUCUUGGCAUGAACAUGUCACAUGUCCUCGGGGAUACUGACUCAAUUUCUAGAGAUGUACAGGCAAUAUCCACCAAUCAGAAUUUAGAUGGGGUCAGGUUUGGCCUAAGUGAUUUUACUUAGUUAUUAGCUAACGGCAGCUACUCAACUAUAGGCUACAAUAAAACAUUGACUGUGCUAAACAUUGUAGUCAGUCAAUCAAAUUUAAUCUAUCACAUUUUAUGCAUACCGUAGUUGGGCCUAUAGUGCAUUUGUAAAACCAACCAUGCCUAACGUGCAGAAGUGGGAGAACUUUGAUCAGCCCUAGGUCUCCUGGUGCUUGUCUUUACUGAGGCAUGAGCCUCUCAGAUACUCCUACUUUAAUACAGAUCAUGUUCACUCAUUCACACAAUAAUAAUGAUCCCACUUUGAUAUUGACGGAAUAUGAAAUUAAGUCCCAUUUCAUUAGUGAUUCUGCCAGUUGUAAAACUCCAUGUCUACCUGUUAGCUCUUAGCAGCCCUCCCGAGGGACCAAGGAGAGACAUAGUGUGAAGGUAAUUGCAAAGCUAUGUUUAGAUAUGUUGAUUAAAAGCUCUUCUUCUGCACCUUGAGGUACACCUGACACAUUAUCUAUCCCACUUUCCAAACCAAAGUGAAACAGCUUCAGCACCAGCUACUAAAAAUGUGUGAAAGGAGAGAGAGAGAUUAAAUUAAUACAUUCGCUGCCAGAAUUUAAAGGUACUGCUCUGUCAAAGAUAGAACUAAACGCAGGUUUGGUAUCUUAUAAAUAAGCCAGAAAGACUAAGCCAAUCUCACCCCACAAAAGAAAACUCAAACACAGCAUUGACACAACCACAUUGUUGAUAAUUAGGAAAAAAACAGGUUCAGCCUAUUCUAAAAUAUAUAGUAAAACACUGCCAGUGAUCUGAUGUUCUGUUUCCAUGACCCCAGUUGUCCCAGUGUUCUUGUUGUUCUACCUGCAGCCAUGUUCAUGCCAAGGCCCUCGCAUGGGGUUAGAGUAGGCAGUGUUUCAAAAUGGAGAACCAUCAAUGGCUUUUCAUUUUCCUCCUACUGCAUGUGUUUGAACUGAAUGGUGGAAAGACACAAAUUACUUUUUAAGCUAAUUGAAAAACAACAAGAAUGGAAAAUGCUAAAUUACACACCAUUAUUAAAUGAGGCCCAACCCAAGCCAGUGUUUCAAAGUGUUGAAUUUGUAUCUUUCCAUCACAUCUUUCUGAUCUCCAGUCUGCCACAGUGUGCUAGGGAGGACAAGUCCCUGUUUACCCUGUGUUGGAGCUCUUACCUGUGGGCACUAGUUGUGAGGAGGCCCCUGUGUGUCUGGAGAGAUCUGUGUGGUUGGAGAGAGCUGCUCUCUGUCUGCAGGGUUGGGGGAAGGGGGCAGGGAAGGGGAGUGGUAUACAGUCUCCUCCACCGCAUCAGAAAGCAACCCCACCCUUCAUUGUGUGUUUUCCCAGAGUGCACUAACUAACUGACCAACCUGCAGUAUGCAUGGACCCCUACUCUUUCCCUGGUUUUAAUAACUACUCAACUCUGGGGUUAUUGAUUGGUCAAAGACAUACUCAUGUCUGUUUAUUUUUACCAUACACUGAUUGGUACCUUGAUGAACAUAAUUCAUAGAACCUCAUUGGCCAGGAAUAGAUCAAAGAUAUAGUAUCUUCCAUUCAAAAUAUAUUGUAACCAAUCAGUAAAUGGUAGAAAUAACCCAAACAAAUGGAAUCCUGAGACCUAGAUUUGCCCAUCCUCUCUGAUCCUUGAUGUAGUCCUCUACCCCCCAUGUGUUCUCCUGUUGGGUACCAGUGCUCUAACCUUUAACCUCUUAGCUGUGACCACUGACCUGUGCCCUGUUCUUCCUGCCCAGUAAUGGCUCGGGGACGUCCGAGGACCUAUUCUGGAAGCUGGAUGCGCUGCAGACCUUCAUCAGAGACCUGCACUGGCCUGAGGAGGAGUUUGGCAAACACCUGGAGAGCAGGCUCAAACUCAUGUCCAGCGACAUGAUCGAGUCCUGCGUCAAACGGUGAGAGAACGCUCCUGAAUGGGACACUUGCACUUGCUUACACACAAUUAUACACACACACACCGUCUUGUACAACUAACCUUGUGGGGACACACAAUUCAGUCCCAUUCAAAAUAAUAUUACCCAAACCUUAACCCUAACCUUAACCCUAACCCUAAACCUAGCUCCUAACCCUAAUCCUAAAACUAACCCUAGCUCCUAACCCUAACCCUAAACCUAAUUCUAACCCUAACGCUAAUUCUAACGUUAACCGUAAACUCCCUAGAAAAAGCAAGUAUAGAUAAACACAUCCACACACACACACACAUUGUAGGUCUGUGUAUAGUGCUCUACAACCUCUCUCCUUUCUCUGUCCCUGUCUCCAGAACGAGGGUGGCCUUUGAGUCCAAGCUCCAGAAGAGCAGUCGGACCACAGACCUCCGCGUGCCUCAGUCCAUCUGCACCAUGUUCAACGUGAUGGUGGAUGCCAAGGCCCAGUCAGCCAAGCUGUGUGCCAUGGAGCUGGGACAGGAGGUAGAAGAUUCCUUCCUCCCAAUAGUCUUUAACCAAUCUUUAAUCAGACAUCAGAUACCAGUCUUAGAUCAGACAUCAAAUACCAGGCUUAUAUCAGACAUCAGAUACCAGUCUUAGACCAGACAUCAAAUACCAGUCUUAGAUCAGACAUCAGAUACCAGUCCACCUCCAUCUGCACAGCCUCAGACCAACACUCAUAUUUACACAGUCUUUGAAUUAGUGUAAAGUUUUCACCUAUUAUUUUAUGUAAUAUAAUGUAUAUGAUUCUAUUGAUGUCUAAUAGUGAUUUCAGUGAUUUCUCUUUCACUCUGAUUUCUAUGAUAUAUCACUGAGCAUGCUGCACUGGGUAUACAGAUCGGUAUCCACCCUGGAGCAGUACCAAUGCACUUUGGGAAAAUCCUUUUGUGCUCACCAGCUGUGUGUUAGAUGUGUAUUCUCUUAAUUGCAUGGAUUCAGUAGCUCCAGCUCACUUAGAAUCAGCAUUUCUAUGCUUCCAUUUCUUUCUAUUUGCUCAUAUUAUUUAAUGCUAUGCUUAUACAAUACAUGUUGUAUAGUAGUACAUACUGUAUAUGCAUUUCUGUCAAGGUUUUCACUUACAAUAGUUUCAAUGGCACUUACUGCGAUUGCUGUGUAUCCUAAUUUAGCUUUUGCUUGAAUAUGUGCUUUUGCUGUAGUCGCUUGCUUUUUCACCAUCACCAUGUCUCCUCUAUCUUUCUUUUCAUUUAUUUUCUCUAUCUUGUGAAAGUUUGUUAGAGAUUGGGUAAGUGUGGCUAACAAUUCAAUUGAAAUCUCACCCCCAGUUCCCAAAUGUAUAAUUAGCUGUCAAUGCAGUGUUCCCCAGUGUUCCCCAGUCUUCUAACACUUUAAAUGUUUUGAUUUCAUUAGCAUGUGUGUAGAUGGUACUGAAUAUACAUGGGGUAGAUGUGACAGUUCUCAUAUCUGCACAAUCUAGAGACAGAGACAGAUACCAAUUACAAGUGCAGAAUUAAUUAGUCUGAGGUCUUUUACAUGGCUCACGUGAAGACAAAAGAAUGCUGUCAUACUACUGAUUAGCAUAUUGGCCUACUGUGAGACGUGGUAACAAACAAACAUAAGGGAAGGGAGGGAUGCUGGAUUUGGACGUUGUGACUAACAUGUCUCUUUCCUAACAGAGACAGUACCAUUCCCAAAUCGACGCUCUCAUAGAGGAGACUGUGAAGGAGAUGAUCACCUUACUGGUAGCAAAGGUGCUGUUACUGUCUUACUCAUAUCUGAAAGGGAUAUUACAACAAUAUUGUUUUAAACGUGAUAUAAUUGCCAGUAACACAACUCCCUGUCUGUCAGUUCGUGGUCAUUCUAGAGAGUGUCCUAGCCAAACUGUCCAGAUACGAUGAGGGCACACUCUUCUCCUCCUUCCUCUCUUUCACAGUAAGAACGCACUCCUUCGCUUAUUCCCGUCUUUCUCAUCGUACACUGCAUACAUAACUAUUUUAAUCAUCAUAGAGUAGGAAUAGUCUUGUUCAGAUAAUGUACCUUCAGCAAACAUAUGUUCAGAGUACGUACAGCACUCUCCCUCAGUUUGCUCAUGAUAACACUCCCAAUGCAUGAAAAGGUUAAGUAUUUUAGUAGUUUCCUGAACAUUGUAAUAGAAGUCUAAUUAAAUUCUGAGUGAACUGUGCAAUUACAUUUCCUGAUAUGACUCACUUAAGCAUAUUGCAGUCGCACACUGAAGCUACACUCACAUUAUACAGCUUUUGCAAUGAAAGGAAGUUGCACAGUUGGAAUCUCAAAUAUUUCCUUUUCACCUAAACUCUCUGUCUCAUUUCAAGGUGAAAGCUGCAUCAAAGUAUGUGGAUGUACCUGUAAGUGGGAGAAUAGUAUUAUUAUCAGUACUUGUGUUUUUCUUGUCCCAGUCCAAGUGUACGUGUGUGUGUUUGUGUGUGUGUCAUUACAUCUUCCCUCAUAUGGAUCUGGUCAAAAACAGCCAGCUUGGCAUGUCAUGCGGCACACAUUGUGAGUGUCUCUGUUGUGUUGUGUAACAAAAACCCACAAAGGCUCAACACGGCACUUUUUAAAUGAAUGCCUUGUCAUUGAAUCUUUGAUUGGGCCUCUUAUGUCCGCAGGGCCAGAGCCCUAGUUUCUGCAUGGUAAUUGUUUGCUUAAUGCACAAAAUACAAUUACACUGGAGAAACAUACUAAUUUGCACCCUUUGGAACCACUCAGGGAUGUGUUAACUAAGUUCGGUUUACAGCGGCUGAUACAAAUCCAUAUGACCUCGUCUGCCGGCACGGGAGGAUGUGUUUCAUAUACCGGAGAAGAAGCGGGAGGGGGAAAGGCACACACACACACACACACACACACAAAUUGAGUGUCUUAUUUGCAAACGCAUUGUCCUGUUUGAAUAUUUGAGAUGGCAUGAGAAAUGGCAGCCCUCCUAACAGUCUGUUCAGCAGCCUGAUCAUGUGUUCCUGGUUCUUCUGUUCACUUUGCACAUGCCCAGACUGUGACAGAUGAUUCUGUGCCAAGUACACAUCUCUAAUAGGAAGUUCAGUAAAAAAGACAGCCAUAGCCCAGGGUCUAGAUGCACCGUAAAUGAAACACCUCUCCAGAGAUGUCAACUGUACAUUUCAAUACUUUUUUCUGAGAUGAAAAUGACAAUUUGAUAACACUUUGGGUUGAAUGUUUAUUUUAAUACCUGUCAGUUUUUCAUAUGCAUGUCUUAGAGCUUGACAUUACAUAACAGUUGAUAAUAACUUAUGUCACUUUGCUGGUCUCCAUCGUGUCUAUUAUGAAGUAAACAGGUUUCAGUGCCUUGGUGAGACAAUGAAUCUGUUGUUUUGGGACUAAUUAUUAUUUCCCUCUUGUUCUCAACUCUCUCUCGCUCUCGCUCUCUCUCUCUCUCUCUCUCUCUCUCUCUCUCUCUCUCACGCAUUCUCUCUCUCUCUCUCUCUCUCGCUCUUUCUCUCUUGUGUGUUCUGCAGAAGCCUGGGAUGGACAUUGCAGAUGGUUACGUGACCUUUGUCCGCCAUUCUCAGGACAUGCUGCGGGAUAAGGUCAAUGAGGAGGUGUACAUAGAAAGGUUAUUUGCCGUAAGUAACCAAUGCCGUCUCCUCCCUUACAGGGGAGGCUCUCCAAGAUGUGAUAAAACAGUCGGUUCAGAGGGAUAAGUCUCAUUUUGAACAGCUCUCUGGCUUUUCUUCCGCAGCUGUACAAGUAGCUCUCUCUCUCCUUCUCUCUGUCUCUCUCUCUUUCUACCCCGUCCUUUACUUCUAACUCUUCCCUCCUUAUGAAUACACUAUGCUCUAGCCUGUUUCUUCUCUACUGCAGUGUUCUGCAUCUUCUGUUUAUCUCUGUUUGUUUGAGAAGUGCAAAACCUUGAGGAGGAUUAUCUUAAGCAGUGUUCUCUCUCUGCGAGUCAGCAAAUAGGGGUUCAUCAAUUAAAGGCCACACAAUAGAAUGCCCUCCUAUAAGAUGACUUAAUACCAUCUUUACAAUUCCCCAGUCUAAAUUCUGUCUUCAGCCGUUAGAAUACAUUGUGUUCUUCCACUAAUUGAUCUGUAGCAACAUUAAUAAUCAGAUCAAAAGGUUAGGGUUAGUAGGUCGGGUUAUGCUGACCAGUUCCCCACACACUGCUGACCCGUUCCCCACAUUGGAGUAUAUACAAGACAUUUGGAACUGUCCCAUUUUGACAAUCAGGGCUUUCUCCAAGUAAAUCUUCUUCCUCUUAGGAACGACAAACAGAAAGGAGGGCCAGGGCCCUCUGACCCAGGGCUUAUU